AUGGCAGAGGCGCACGAGCAGGUAAAGGCGAGGCGCGCAGGCAGGUGGGAAAGGGCAUUCGGGACGAAUCCUCCUACGGGACCAGAAAUGGAGUUUUUCUCCUCGGACACGGCCGAGGGAGAUGCAUGUCGGGGGGGGGGGGGACGACGACUUUCUUUCCCCACCCACCGGCCUCUUCGUGGGUCUGGGGCGGGAGCGAAGGAGUUUCAGUGUGCAGAAGAAGAGCGCCCCAAACAGCCAAUCUCAGGGGCGCGCUGCGCUGCGAAAAAGUGUCUCGCACUGCGUCUUUUUAAUUUUUUUAUUUAAUGCAUUAUAUAUUUAUUUAAAGGGACUUGCUGCCCUUCUCUCUUCAGUUUGAAAACGAGACGGUCAGAGCAGCUGGCGUCGAAACGCAACAAUUAACCACAAGGACGAGGUUUCUGCGAAGUUCCUAACAUCGCAGCAGACUCCCAACAAGCUGCACACACUCUUGGCCACACCUGGAAAACUUGUUCCACAAUAGCACAGUGCGUCUCUGUGUGUGGUUGCUCAGAAGUAAGUCCAGCUGGGUUCAGUGGGUCUCCUUUCCAGGUAAGUGGAUACAGGAAUGCACCCCGACAGUGCAAUUCUAGCCAUGGCUACCUGGAAGGAAGCCCCAUUGAGUCCGGUGGGAUUUACAGGAUCACAGCCUUAUUCUUUUAGUCUUUAAGGUGCUAUAUGACUUAAUUGUCAGGGGUCCUUCACCUUUACCUUUUUGACUCUUGCACACUGUGCAUUUGUCUUUGCUGGUAGGAUAGAAUUCCUUUUUCUCUCAUUCCUACUGAUGAGCGAUUAGAGGUGUUUCUCCUGAGCUGGGGAUUGCUUUAGAGGGAAUUUGGGCAAUUUCUUAGGGAAAGGUUUGUGCCACUUGGCUUCAUAGCUCAACAUUUCCAUAGACUUGUAUAGGGAGACUCUUCUCUGCACCCUUUGUGAGUUGUAGAUCAUUUUGAGGAGGAGUCUUCAGAACUUGGUGGUGAUGAAGUGGCAAAGUGAUCGAAUUGUUGCGUGGCAUCACUGAGCUCCUUCCUCAGACUGGCUGUGGUGUCCACUUCAGUAAAAAAACAAACAUUACAUAAAAAGGACAUGAACAUUAUUCAGAGCCGAUUCAUUCAUUCAUUCAGAAUUGAUUUUUAUGCUGUAUUUGAGAGCAUUCCUAAAAAUCCUCUUCAAAGCAGCAAGAUAAGUAACUGCACUGUGGUCCUUAAGAUGUUGAAGGUUUCCCACUACCAUCAGUCCAAGGCAGCAUAGGAGGUGAUAAGGGAUGAUAGAAGUUGUUUUCCAUUAACUUCUGGGUGUGUGUGUGCAGGUUCUUCCCUUUUUUUUAACACUCCCCUUCUCCAAAGAAUGGCUUGCUCUUUCCCCCUGAUUUUAAAUAAAGAACUGUGAUUAUGUGAUAAGAUUUUUUUUAAAAAAGCCACAGGAAUAUUCACUAGGAAAACUUAGAUGGUUUAUGGGUCAUGUCUGCAGUUCAGAAGAACUCCUGUCCUAGAGUGGCAGGGACAACCCAGUCAGAUGGGCAGGAUAUAAGUAAUAAAUCAUCAUCAUCAUCAUCAUCAUCUGUCAGGCUAGUGAACCAUUGCAACUCCUUGUGUCCAUGUUGUGGUUUAUAAAGUUGAUGGGAGGAUAUGAAUAUUUUUGUUGUUUAGUCUUUUAGUCACGUCCGACUCUUCGUGACCCCAUGGACCAGAGCACGCUAGACACUUCUGUCUUCCACUGCCUCCCGAAGUUUGGUCAAACUCAUGCUGGUAGCUUUGAGAACACUGUCCAACCAUCUCAUCCUGUGUCGUCCCCUUCUCCUUGUGCCCUCAAUUUUUCCCAACAUCAGGGUCUUUUCCAGGGAGUCUUCUCUUCUCAUGAGGUGGCCAAAGUAUUGGAGCCUCAGCUUCACGAUCUGUCCUUCCAGUGAGCACUCAGGGCUGAUUUCCUUCAGAAUGGAUAGGUUUGAUCUUCUUUCAGUCCGUGGGACUCUCAAGAGUCUCCUCCAGCACCAUAAUUCAAAAGCAUCAAUUCUUCGGCGAUCAGCCUUCUUUAUGGUCCAGCUCUCACUUCCAUACAUCACUACUGGGAAAACCAUAGCUUUAACUAUACGGACCUUUGUCAGCAAGGUGAUGUCUCUGCAUUUUAAGAUGCUGUCUAGGUUUGUCAUUGCUUUUCUCCCAAGAAGCAGGCAUCUUUUAAUUUUGUGACUGUUAUAGAACCCCUAAAAUGAUUUAUAGACUAAUAAGCUGGGAAUAGCAUUAAUUGAUCUGAUGAAAAGUAGCUAUUAAUAACUAUAGUGAUUUUUUAAAAAACCAGGAUUGAAAACAAACAUUGUUCAACUUAUAAUGAAUAUACAGUCAUACCUUGGAUCCCAAACGCCUUGGUACUCAGACGUUUUGGCUCCCAAACGCCUGGAAGUGAGUGUUCCGGUUUGCAAACGUUCUUUGGAACCCGAACGCCCAACGGCACUUCUGCGGCUUCCGAUUGAGUGCAGGAGCUGUGUUUUGGUUUCCGAACAUUUUGGAAGUCCAAUGGACUUCUGGAACAAAUUCCAUUCAACUUCCAAGGUAUGACUGUACCCUCUUAGGUUUUCUAGAAGUUCAAAAUCUAAGGGCAGCAUUACUGGACUCAUUAUUAUUUUUUAUUAAAUUUGUAUAUCACCCUUCAUCUAUAGAUCUCAGAGCGGUUCAUAACAUGAAAAUACAAUAUAAAAGAACAGCUUUACAAAGCCUCACAAACCAUCAUGAUGAUUCUUUUGUACUUUUGAAAUGGUGUUUUAAUUUGUAUUGCAUACAUAUUGUUGCACAUUGCUUUGACAUUUUAUGAAAUGGUGGGGUUUAGAUACUUUUAUAAAUAAAUAAAUAGUUUUACCAGCAAGGCUGCAGCUAUGUUCAUUUGAUUUAAACUAUUUUAAUGCUGUAUUUUAUGUUGUUCUAACCCACCCUGGAACCUUCUCAUGAAGAGUGGGUGGUGGUAGUAGUAGUAUUCGUGGUAAUAAUAAUAAUAAUAAUAAUAAUAAUGUAGACUGUGUGUUUAAAUAGGCACUCUAAAUAAGAAUAUGUCUUUAGAUUUAUACUCUGUCCUGUCACAAGAAUUUUUCUUACAUGCUUUCAAGUUUGUUUUUAAAAGAAGAGAGAUGGAUGUUGCUUUAUGCAUGACUUAGAGCAAAAUUUCUCUAUUUCAUAAAUUACCCUGCCAGAACAAAUCUAGGUUUAUUCUGUGGACUCUCCAAGGAGCCAGCUCUCUGAUGUCAUAUUUGAAUUUCAAAAACACGUACCUAAAAUAAAUAGCAACAUAUGAAAAGGCCCAAAGUGCCAAGUGAGCCUCCAUUGAGAGCCGCAGACAAGUGGUUAAUUUCCACCCCAUUGUGUUCAUUGAAUGGGCUGGAAGACCUUUCCAUUCUGCUCAUCACAGGAGUCUGUACCCCUAUGCUUUGUGUGAAUUAUUUGUGCUGGGAAUCAGUGUUGAAAUGUUCCUUUUCUUCAUAAGGUUUUGUUUCCUUUGGGCUUUAUCCCUUCACAUUUUAUACUUUCCUAGGUUCACCAGGCUCUGUUCCUUCUCUUAACCUUUACUUUGAUUUCUUUUAUACUCCGGGCAAGGGUAACCACUGGCAGGUUAAAACAGUUGCCAUUGUUUUGUCCCACGCUUGAAGAACCAAAGAACACAAGAAGAAUCCUCCUGGUUCAUACUCAGGGUUCGUCUAGUCCAGUAUCCUGUUCCAGUCAUCCAGUUACUUCCAGGAAACCUACAGGGUUUGAAGGCAACAACUCCACACUGUCCUGUCUACACUGCCUCUGAAGUUGGAGCUUCCAUUUACUUAUCAUGGCUAAUAGAGGUUGAUAGGCACCCUCCAUCAAUAUGUCUAAUUCCCCCUGUAAAUCUAUCUAAAUCAGCAGCUAUCACCAUGUCUUGUGGUAGCAAAACUCAUACUGUUUCCCCCUGAAGAUUUUGUUUGUUUAAAGGCUGUUUAGGAGACAGGCUAGGACUGAGUUGGCAAGGUCUAUGGACCAUCAAGAUCACUCUCUGCUUAUAUAAGAGAAAAUGCACAUAAGGUUUGUCACGGGUGGUGUAUGACCUUGGUCAAAAUAUUUCGUGUUACUUCCAAACUAGCUCCAGAAUAUUGACAUGUCUGUGGUGGCUGGGGUACCUAUUUCCACCUGUGGUGGGGGUGUCCUCCAGUGCAGAAUCUUUGGUCUGCAGUAUUCCAGGAAAUCUUUAGUAUAACAAGAGACCAUAUACAGGUUAAACUGCAUUUACCACUUCUGCCUGUGUUUGAAGAUAUAUGGAUGCUCAGUUUAGGGAUGUAUUGGCUUCUUUGUUAACCAUAGCAAGGUUGUCAGUUCUGACCUGAAUCUUUUUCUUUAGCUUAAAAAUAUUUGGAACUUGAAUCAUUUCAGGGGAGGGGGAAUACAUGCCACCUGUGAGUGCUAAAAGGUACUGCAACACAUGGUGCAUUUCAUGGUGUUUGGUGGAACAGCAACAUAUGUAAUAAUUUAAAACAGGAAUCACCAGCAUCGUGCCUUGAGAUCUGGAAGCCUUGAAGAAGUAAUAUACACUGAUAUUAUAUAAUAUUUUAUUUCCUUUGAUUGCAACUUUUGCACUCCUGCAUGCCCUCCCCCACACCUGCUAAUAUAUUUAUUUGUGCUUGAGUGAUGCCAGAUUGGCUAAUUAGGAGCAGUGUUCGGAGAACUGAGCUCUAGCUCCCCUUUAGUAUAUGAUCCUAAAAAGACACUUGUCCAAGGCAAUUGCCCUGUGCAGAGGCUUUCUUGGGCAGGUGGCAUACUGAGGCUAUUGGUUGCUGCUGUCCUGGUAUAAGAAUCAUUGCUAGUUUCCUGCACCAAAGUAAGAAGGUGUUUUAAUCUAGCUGUAUACAUUUGUAUUCAUCCCAUAUACAUUUGUGGCCUAUUCUUAUAGCUCUGGAGAAGGGAUGAAGAGCAUUUGCGUAUGAAGGAGCCCCUGAUAGUUUAACUGACAUGUCUUCAUACAAUAGCACUCCAAAAUUAUCUGUUUCUUUUUAACAUUAAAAAUAUUGUUUGCUCGCAAGACUUCUGUAGAUGGACUAGUCCAGAAUUUCAUGUUAUCUUAGCUUGUUGCAAAAUAAACUUAUUCUGUACAGCUUUAAAAAUCUUCUAUUGUUGCUGGUAAAGAGAAAAAAUAAAUUAUUCAGUCCCUUGGAAAACUUUAAGCAUACCAGGGUUGGGUGGUGGUAAUUCUCUUAAAUCUUACCAGUAUGAUUAAUUGGUCUUAGUUCUACUCCCAUUCAAAGAUAAUAGAAAAGGAAAUCUUUACAUAUCAGAAGAUAAGACUGCUGGAAUUGUGGUUCUGACAGAAUGAGCAUGGUGGGAAGUUUGCCAUUUAAUUAAAUAAGAGAGCUAUGAUUUUAUCUGUGAAACUAAAAUGGCAAAAACUGAUCAGCUACAAUACAUUCUACUUUUAGAAGCAUCACUGUGGUCUGUUCACAAAUGGAUGUUGGUAAUAAUCCUUGUUAAAUUUAAGGACAACAGGUGAGGGAAAGCUGUGCGAAAACUGCCAGCAGUACAAUCAGACAGUGCUUAAAAUACUUAGGCUCCCUCUGGAUUCUUAGAAAAGCUGUCAUUCUCCAGCCAGACAUGCUUGUUAGGCAUCAUUAAGAGUUGGCUGCUAAGUAGUGCAGUUCAAAGCAUGUAGUCAACAACUUGCCAUUACAACUUUACAGUAUGAUGAUUUUUUUUUUUCCGGCAUUUUUACUCAGAUAUAAUGGAAAACAAGAGUGGAAAAAAAAUCCUAUAGCUCAUGCAGUCACAGUUUACUAUUGACAAGUUUGAAUAAGAACAAAACAAUAAUAUGCGUGUCUUAAGUACUAAUUAAUAUAAGCAGACAUUGCUCAGUUAUCUGGUCCUAAUAGUAAAUAUUUGUCUCCUAGCUCAAUCUGCCUACAGCACUGGAAUAACAUUUUUACAAUGCCAUACAACUGUGUAGUUUGUGCCAUUGCGCUUGUGCAGAAUCAGUGUGCCCUAGUCUAACAUGCUUCAUUGCCUUGUUUAAAUUUAUGUAUCCAGUUCCUGUGCUUUCACUAUAGAGUUAUGAUGAUGGAGUUGCACCUUCUCUCUAAUAGAAUCACAGAAUUUUUUCAUGCAAACAUUAGCUCUUAGUUUCUUAUACUGAACUCUGUAUCUACCUUAAUAUGAAAGUAGGGGGCAGGGAUCAUUCCUUCCUGGUGCUCAGAAGAGUCAGGAGGAUUUUUAUUGUCUUACAGAAUGAAUCUCAAUAGUCAAGAACAACUUGUGAUCUAUGUAGUCAAACACAACCCACGAGUCAUGUAUGGCAACCCAGCAGAGGUUUGACAAACUUUCUAUGUUUGUUGCCUAAUUGAACUUCAAAAAGAAAAAGAAAAAAAGAAGGUUUUAAACACUUGGCACACUGCUAUGGAUGUUUGAAAGGCUAAAUUCUGCAUAUUGAGUCAAAGAAUGUUUGCAGAGGUUGCUUUAAAGUAUUAUGCCCUUAUUGCAAAGUUUUUGUACAAAAGACAUGUUGCCCCUUUUGUACUUGUCUGUUUAUUUGGUUCGGUUUCUGACCUCUACUAUUUUUAUCCUGAGGUUCACAUACAAGAAGCAGCUAUAUUAACCUUGGGAAUAGUCACAUGGAUUGGUUUGUGACCCAAACCUUGCUGAUAAUAUUUGGCAGAUAGGAAUGUAGAUGGGGAAAUGACACAUUUCUAGAAUAACUUCAGUUUAGGGGCCUGUAUUUUCCUGCAACCCCAAGAAACCAUGGUUUAAUUAUCAUGAAUAAGCCCAAAUCUUGGGUUUCCAACAUUUCUUCUCACUUCAUCAUUUGUGUGUGAGAGUGAACUAUAGUUUCAUGUAACAUACACACUUAGAACUGUGUUUUGUUCUAACUCUAGUCCGUUAACAAAUCUGGGUAUCAAACCAUUUUUUUAUUAAGUGGAAUUCUUUGCUUGUUUGCCGUAACCUAAACCAUGGCUUAGGAGAUCUUUUGAAUUUAACUUGUAAUUUGCAGUGAGUAGUUUAUAUUAGUUAAGCCAAAGUAAUUGGAUUUAAGCUUAUGUUGUCCCAUUGAUAGCAUUAGUGCAAAGGGAUGAUAUUACUUUACCCGGUGUUAUGAGUUACCCGGUGUACUGAGUUGAAUAGGAUCCAAACUGCAGCAGUCUGAUUGGUCCUAGAACAAUAGGAUCCAAAUUGCAGCAGUCUGAUUGGUCCUAGAACAAUGCAGCAGUAUGAUUGGUUGGCAGGAACCACCCAAUCAUGCUCCAGAUAUAAGUGAAUCCACAACCUGAUUGGCUUACAGUAGAAUUCCAGAAUUAGCCAAUCAUGUGCAGCCCAUUGUGUAAAUAAUGUAUAUAAAGCAGAUACUUUGAGGGGACAUUCAUUCAUUCCUCCUCACCACUAUGAGCUGCAUAAAGAGCAUGAAAUCACUUUGCGACUCUGAGUAUAUUUCACCCGGGUUGUAGAUCAGGAUGAAUGAAGGCUUUUCUGUUAGGGUUUAUUACAAUUUCUGAAGAGAAACAACUGGACAAUGGCCAGCAAAUCCCACUGUAUUUGCUGUUCUUACAGUUCUUUGGAGUCAGUGGCGGAGCUAGCCGCUCUGGCACCUGGAGCGGCGCACAUGCUGUGCACCCGGAGGGCAGGGCAAGCCACCCAGGGGGGUGAUCGGCGUAGCGAUGGGUGCCCCUUGGGGGCAAUCAGCACAGUGAUUGGCGCCCAGGGGGUGUGUGCGGCGAUCUACCCAGGGGGGAUUUUGUCACCCUCUCUCAGAGAUGACACCUGGGGUGAGCUGCCCUCACCGCCCCCCUUCCUAUACCGCUGUUUGGAGUGAGCUAUGACACUUGUACUGGCUCAGAUUUGAACCAUUUGCCUUACUUAAAUCAUAUGCACUGAAGUUAGUGAAACUUCUAGGUAUGUUAUGGGCUACAUGUUAUUUACAGACAAGACUACGGGAAACUAAGCCAGAUAUACCUUGUGGAAUUAUGUUGGGCUAGACUGAGUUAAAUCAAACCCUGGUCACAUCAUUAGUUAGACCAGUGGUAAAUUUGGUAUUAUCUACACUGUCUUGCUCAGACUUCCUGUUUCAGACAGAAGUCUUUCCCAGCCCUAAGUGGAAACUCCAGGGAUUGGAUCUGGGGCCUUUUUCAUGUGGUGUAUCAAUGAGGUACUCCCCCACCUCAGAUUAUCACCCCGUGCCUGAACCAGUGUCCUAUCAAAUUUUAGCACUUUAACUUAUUCUCUCCCCCCCCCCCAGUAUUGUACAACACUUCCUUUGACAUUUAUCUAUGACCCUGCAUGCAACACUUUAGUUUUUUUUAAUCUAUUUUAUUAUUAAACAAACAGUGGCCAGUACAAAGCUUUAUCUAGCUCUUUUCCCCCAGCUUUGAUCUAAUGGAAAUAUAGGCUCAAUGGAAAGCAACUGCAAACUUGCUUCAAAGAUUGCUUCUGUCUCCAGAGAUAGCAGAGUUUCCAAAGCUAAAUACAAAUGGAGCAGAAAUAUAAACCGCUCUUUGAUUAUCAGAUUAAAAACUUUCAGACGUCUGCAGGCUUAUUUUAGUUCUUAAGCUCUAAAUAAUUAUGUUGCAGUUUUUCUGUUGUUGAUAUUGGCCAAGAACCAAAAAUAGUGUGGAUUUCUGCACAUAACACAAUGGCCUAUUUUGUAUGUAGUUUCAAACCAUGGGUUAGCAGUAUGUGUAAAACUCUUGUCAGUCCUGCAGUCUCUGACUUCUUCCUCAAGUGCAGGUACAAGGAGUCUGAAUGUAUCCAAUUCUGCCCUAGAAGCUAGAAUUUGUCAAUGGCUAUGUUUGUAUGUAAGGCUGAACCAUGGUUAGUAUUAAAAGGACAAGCUAUAGUGAACUUGUGCUUCUUUUUUUAUAUUAACUGCAUCUUGUGAUGUCUGGGCUUUCUCAAAUUGUAGUUUGUCUAUGGUGAGCUAGCUUAUUUUCACUAAACAUAGUUAUGAUAAACUAGUUAAUACAAUUUAGGGUUCAGGAAUAAUGCUGAAAGAGAAGUAAAAGCUUCAUACUUCUUUGUAGCUGCACUGGACUAGGGGAAAAUGAAGAAUAUGAGCCAAAAACGCCUUGUAGCUCAUUUUUGUUUUGCUAAACAGUUUUGUAUUGUGUGCAAACUUGGUCAUUAUAUCCAAACUUAGGAGAACACUGGUUAGUUAAAGCUUUGGAUUUCUUAAUGAGUAUGAACCAUGGUUAAUGAACAUAACUGAUGGUUUGAUGUUGGCUUUCUUGAGCAAAUCAUUGUGUCCACGCUCAUUCCUGUAGUGCUUAGCAAUAGUUAACAUUAGUGUCAUCAAGAAGGUACCCUCAGCAAAUCUUGAAACAAAGUGUUUGGGACAAGACAGUGCCUAAGGCACAGAUGGGGAACCUUAAAGUAGAAGUGGGGAACCUGUGGCCUUUAAGAUAUUGCUGCGCUGCAACUCCCAUCAGCUCUAGGCAGUGUGACCAGUGGUCAGGAAUGAUGGGAGUUGUAGUCCAGCAACUUCUGGAGGGUCAUGAGUUGUGUAUCCCUGAUCUAAGGUGUGUUGAGCCCACCCAUGAGGCAAGGUGAGAUGACCACCUCAGGGAUCAAGAUCCACACGACAGCAGAUCCCAAUGCAGAUCUUUAUUCCCCACCUUGUUUCUGAUGUAGAUCUUCACUUACCCCAUCUUCCCUGGUGCAGGGAGCAAAGGGGUACCAUUUUGUGGUUCGCCACAGGUGCCAAGAUAUCUUGGGACAGUCCUGGUUGAGCUUUAUCCUUUUAGGGAUUAAAACUCAUACCCUGGAUGUUGCCCAGAGGAGGACAGAGAGUCAGUGCAGAUGUUGAAGUACUAGCAUAAUACACUGAAACAUUCUCAGCCCACUUUACAGGACAUGCUCGUUUUUGAAAUCCAAGUGGAUUUCAGAAUGUGUUUAAGACACUACAAAUGUACGUAAAUGAAGAAUGUAGGGACCUCACAACAUAGAAAUGAUUAUGCAUAGUGGGUAGGAGGUGUUCCUGGCUAUCUCUGCACCUGUCAUAACAUUAUUUUAUCCCCUGAUUGAUCCUUUGCAUUUUGAACAUAGAAGACAUUUUCAAAUGUUCUUUCUUGACAGCUAUAUUUCAUUUUCAGCCUCUCCCCCUCAAUUCUCUCUCGCUUCUGGGCAAUCCACUAUGGUUUUGUCAUACCUUUUACCCAGAGCAUUCAUUAAACAGCUGUGUAAAGUAACAAGCCACAUACCUAAUGCAAUCCAGUGCCUUUAAACACUGCUUUCUUAACUCAGUUGAAGCUGUACUACAGAGAGAGUGCAAAGAAGAUGAUGAGGGAUGUGUGAAUCAAAGAUUUGAAAUGACUGCUAAAGAGGCAUUAAAGACAGCUACUACACACAUAAAACACUGUAAAGAAAAGCAAGAUGAACACCAGUAAGGUGUCAAAUGGAAUAAGAAUUUGUCUGGGUAUAGGUGCAAAAAGAGAGAGAAGGAACUCCAAAUUGUCACUGGCUAAGCUUUAAUUUGGACAUGCACAAACAUCUGCACACUGGCAUAAUAAAACAACCUGAUCGUAUGUAUGAUUACCACCAAACAGUCACCAAAUCCAGUGAGGCUCCCCAAGUAUAAAAUUGCAGCCAAAAUCCUUCUGAGGCUUUGGUGGGAGAACAGUUAGAAGUUAAGAAAAUCAUGGUUAUGAAUUUGUACCUCUUAUAACAAAUGUAAUUGUGUCGAUGCAAGCACCAUAUAGAGGGAGUCCCAGCAUCUUUCUCAAAUAGACGCCUUGCAAAUAUUUGCAAUGAGCAUGCAAAAUUCUGCCUUCACUCGCCUUCGCCCUUUCCUCUUCCUUCAACUUCCAGUUUAGAAUUCAGAGUUAUUUUUAUUCACAUGCUGUGGUAAUUGCAUUAUGGGAAAAGCUGGGGGCUGAGUAGAUUUUCUGUUUUGCAGUGUAGUUUGCAAAUCCAUGCUUUUUUUGGAAGAGAUUGUCACAAUCGUGGGCCUGUUCCCCUAAUUGUUUUGCCUGCUGUUUACAAAUAGAACCAUCGCAGAGAAUAAAUCCUCAUUUCUCAUUAUACGCUCCAUGCUGCAUGAGACCUUUGAUAUGCCUACUAUUCAUUGACUACGUAACAGGAUUAUAUACCAUUUAUCAAUUUAUGAAUUGCAUGUGUUCUUAUGUAAAUGCAAUUUUAUUAUAAUGUAUUUUUGUUUAUGCUCUUAAAUAUGUUGUGACCUAGAGUCAUUUUUUGUGUCAUGAGCAACUACCAAGCUACAACAACGACAAUCUCAAGGCACGUUCUAAACUCACAACCAGCCUUGGACACGGAACUGAAGAGGUCAUGUGCUUGCAAGGAGGAUGAAAACUAAUUUAGGGAUAAGCAGAUGGAAUCCUUUGUGAAGAGCCUGUCUACCAGGAACCAGCAGUCAAGACAGCCUGAGUUUUACAAGAAGUCGCUUUGCCUUUUGUCAAGAUCUCUUGUUCACCUGUUCUUUCUUCCCAGGCAUAUCAGUAGACCUACAGAUUAAGUGCAGAAUAGCAAAGAAGUGCUUGGCAUUAGGCUGGAGUACUGAGAUCCAUUCAUGAAUGAAUUUAAGGGGCUUGAAUGGUUCCUUGUUGCUCUGGAACAAGUUGUCUGCUGCCUGGGAACCCUCCACAGAACUGCUGAUUACCUGCUGUUGCUACCAAAUUUCCUUUGGUGGUGGGCUUCCUGGAAAAAUAUUGCCAUCUCUGUGGAGCUCUGGCUCUGGGUCACAGCCAUCUGCCACCACCUAUUCAUCUCUACUUGGCUUUAGUCAGGCUUCAAGGACUUUGUUGUGCUGCCUGUAGGGCUUUGGCUAGCCAAAUCAGGCACCAAGCCAGCUCUCCCCAGCUGUUGACAGGGAUAGAAAAGGGGUUAUGUUACUGUUCGCCUGCUUAACCCCUGUGCUUCUCUCUUCUUGACCUACAUUUGACUCAAGUAGGGCUGUGCAUGGUGCAGCCACAUCAGCACAGUUGAAUUUGCAUGCAUGCAAUGCCACCACUUAUUAUUUUGCAUUGGUUCAAGUGUUCCUGUAUUUAAUUUAAAUUUGCACUCUAAACGGUAGGAUCAGGUUCUUACAAUUGCAACUUCAAACUAAACAUUCUGGACAGAACAUUUAAGAUACACUCUUUGCAACUUCUAGAUAAGCAUGUUUAUGGCUGAGUAGUAAAAUAGUGUAUUUUGCUGGGAUUUAUACAUCCCAAUGUAUAAGACAACCCCUAUUGUUUUGGACUGCAACAUUUUUUUUUGAGUUUUUUUGGGGGGGAGAUUUCCCAGAGCUGUUUAGCUUUUUGGGGGGGGGUCACCACCACAAAUUGCUCUACAGCCUGCCUGCCAAUGCAAAUUGCACUCAUCGCCACGGCCACCAAUCGUACAAAUGAUCGCCGCCAAAACCCCACCUGCCCAUUCAAAGCGACGACAGCUGAUUGCAUGCACACCUCACCACUGACAUAAAUCGCACACCCAAUUGCUGCAGCCAAUCGUCAACAGGCCUUAUCGCAGUGACCGAUCACACGCCCAAUUGCCGCUGCCAAUCUGCUUGCUGCUGCCACCAAUCACUCGUCACCCCUCUGCUAUCCGUGUAUAAGAUGACCCACAAUUUUUGCCUACUAUUUUAAAGGAAAAAAUAUUGUCUUAUACAUGGAAAAAUACGGUACUUCUACUUUCUGUAUGUGAUCUACUUCAUGAGCUUAGAUUUCAGUAUAUUCUAAUUCUGAAAAGAAAUGCCGUAUGUGUGAACUUUGUCAAGUCUUAAUGUUAACUCUGUAUACCUAGACCAUGCUUUGAAGGACAAACAGGUGAAAAACAACUGACCCUGUUAGAGUUCAUUUUGCUGAACUCAAUAUACUUUAGCUUCAUGCUCAUAAAAAUUCAUGAAUACUCAAGUUCUGUUGAAUACCUGAUUGACAGGAAUUGGGCAAUAAAUGUUUAAAUGGCAGACCUUUCCAAAUGCCAUGGAAACUCAUAAGUGAAAUUUAUUGUUGGCUCUAGAUAGCACUUCCACAAAGUACUUCUGUAUUAUUAAGGUCAUCAUCUGAUGCACAAACUAUAAACAUACCUUCUGCUACAAUUAAUCUUCAGUAGAUGUUAAGUAACCUACAUGCACUAAUGUAUGCCAGAAAAUGUUAAAUAUUCUUCAAAGAUGGUGAAAAUAUUAAGUGUUGGAUGUUUUUCUUUGAUUGCUGCCAUUUAGUGAAAUAAUGCCAUUCAAACUUAAGCAUAAUCAGCUUUUGGCAGAGCUGACCCUAACAUGAAGCUGGCUGAAGUGAUUAAUUUGGGUGGCACCAUGAGAAUUGGAAGAUCACAGAAGGCAGGAAAUGGUGUCUGAAUGGUACAUCAAAUGCUGGAAUAGCUUAGUUGGUAAAGCAAAUGGACACUCGUAAUCUCAGGGUUGUGGGUUUGAACCCCGUGUUGGGCAAAUAUUCUUGCAUUGUUGGGCUAAAUGGUCUUCAUGGUCCCUUCCAACUUUACAAUUCUAUGAUCCUUUAUUUUUAAAAAUGUUGGUCUACUAGACUGGGGGCAUUUGGGCUGUGCUUCUGUGGCACAAUAUUUUGAUUCAGCCCUGGCAUUUGGCUGGUAGAAUUAAGGGCCAACAGUGUGGCCAUAAGCUGCUCAGGCACACGAAAUGUUAUAAAAGGGAAAAACAGAUGCAGCCACAUCAAAAGCCCUGCUCUAUGAUACUGUGCAGCAGGCUUCUGAUCUCAUUGGAAUUUUCUGCAGAAGCUGUCCUGCAGACUGCAGUUACCUACUGCAGCCCACUAUUUAGAAGUGAGAGGGAAAAGUUCUAGUCCUGCAUCCCCUAGUGAUCCAUUACGGUCCAGUUGUUCCUCAUAAAUUGUUGUUAGAUUUGAAACUGAUUUAAUACAGAGCGUUGGCUUCAUGAACCCUCUUCCCUCCAAAGUAUUGUCUACUUCAUCACUGAGCACAUGACUGUUCCGUUUUUUAAAAGGUUAUUCCCAAUGCAGCAAUAUCAUUCUCUCCCUCCUUUCCUCUCCUUGUCCACUCCUUCAUCAUGGAAAACAGGCCUACUGAUGCAAACAUCCAGCUCUCAUAAAACAAUGGGAGAGGAUCUUUGUCCUGAAAAUGGCAGGUGGGCCAUACUGGAUGUGGAAGACGUAGAAGGUUUUUCCAUAAAAGCUCAUUAUUCAUUACUGAGUAUGUUAGUCUAAGGCAUGUAAAUUAGCACAUUGCAGGAAACCAAGCUUCAAAACUCACAUGCUUCUAAGGUGUUUGAUUGAAUAUGCAGCUUAGUUUCUGGAAAUUUAUCAGCAAAGUUCUCAUUGGCUCAUUGGAUUAUAAUAAUAAUUUAUUAUUUGUACUCCGCCCAUCUGACUGGGUUGCCCCAGUUUUACUCUGAAAUUAUUACCCUAAUUUUUUUUUUUAAAAAAAUACAAUUCUAACUUAUCUCUGAUCUGAAGAGUGGUAAAAACAAUACACUUUGACAAGCUGUCAGAAAUAAGGUAAUAAAAUAAAUCAUUUUACUGUCACAUGUGCAGUAACCUGCAUUUGUGGGGCUCCAGAAGUGGUAUUUUUUUUAAAGUGAGAGUUGGGAUUUUGAUGGCUGUUUUAAACCAUCAUUCUGACAUGAUGAUGAUGAUGAUGAUGAUGAUUUAGUGCAUCAAGUGGGGCUGUUUGAUAUUUCAGAUGAGUCGUAUGUUCCUGUUCUGUCAAUUCAGUUGCUGUGCAAGGACAGCUCCUGAGCUAGGAAAAUUGGGAGGAAGCUGUGCAAGAGGGGGAAAGGGGAACAGCAUUGGUUAGAUGGUACUUCAGUUUCUUGUGUAUUUAGAAAAGUUACGUCCCAUCCUUCCACUAAACAGAUACAGUGCUGAUAAUGGGUUUCACAUUGAUAACAGGGCUAGGGAACCCUAGGGUCCAUUUUCAGGAGAACUGAGUGUGUUGCAGUGGUCCAUCCUUUCUUCUCUGCAUCAAGCCCCUUGCAAGAUCUUCCCCUGAACAGUGUCUUAGAGCCCUGAACAACAGCACUCAAAGUAUAUGCAUGACAACAUUUUGUUGCACAACCUAAAGUGUGUGUGUGUGUGUGUAACCCCUUUCCUGAGUUCCUAAAUAAAAAAGUGUGUUAAAGAGGAAGAACUCAACAAACAGGAAAACAAUAACAUCAGUAGGUGCCUUCUUUUAUUUGUAUUGAUCAGCUCUGUGCACCGUGAUGCUUUGAUGCGAACCACAUUUAUAGCUGUCAUGUUCUAUUAAAUACAAAACAGCUGAAUUCAGAAAGAACCUCACACAUUGAUUCAUGCGCAUCAAUAUCUGAGGGAUCCUGGGGUUACUGCUGGGUGAUGUUGGUUGUAUAAAUUGAGCUGUUCUGUUCGUGCCCUGCUAAGCUGAAAUGCAGUAUUAAUUGGUAUCAUUUGUUAAUUACAGUUAUAUCAGUUGCUUGUCUCAAAAUAGAGAUAAUGCUUUGCAGCCAUUGUCUCUGUGUGAUCUUGUGCAGCAUCGUUAUUCUCCUUGAACAGGUUGGUAAUUGAAAUUUACCAGUUAACUCACUGAAGCUUUUGUUGUUGUGGUUGUUGUUUUGUUCCCUCCUUUCCCAAGUCCGAGGCAGCUGAAAUAAAAUAAUUUUUAAAAAGUAUUUAUUUUAUUUCAUUGCAUUUCCAUCAACCACACUCUUUGGGCAGUUUGCAAAAAAACCGUAAAAUAUAUAAAUGCAACCCAAGCAUCAGAAUAGCAUACAAAAACAGCACAAAAGGCAUAAAAACAGACCAGCGCAAUAUCAGGAUAAAAACUGGGAAGUUAUUUAGGGCCCAUAUCUUACUGCACUAAAUCAUUUAAUUAAAAUGACUAGAAGAAAGUCUUCACCUGACGCCAAAAAGCCCAUAAUGUAGGCAUCAGGUGAUUGUUUCUGGAGAAGUGAUGGUCAUCAACCUGGAUGGCUUUAAAAUAGGAUUAGACAAAUUAUGAAGGAUAAGGCUAUUAAUGACUACUGGUCUCAAUGACUUUUCCAUUCAGGUCCUGCUUGUGGGCUUUUCAUGGGCAUCUGAUUGGAUGUUCUGAGAAGACGCUGCUAAGUAGAUGGGCCUUUGGGUUGAUUCAAGGCUCUCCUUACAUUCUUAACUAAUGUUUUAUACAUUAAAAACCAAGCGCUAUAAAACAAAGGGUGUUGCUUGUUUGUUGCAUUAUUAAGAGCCACAGCAAUAAGACAUGUUUCUGCUUAAAAACAUUAUAAUAGUCUAUGGGUGUGUUUGUGUGGUAAAAUGAGUUACUAUAGUAAUGCUGUGGUAACUCCUUUUUAAAAAAAUCAUUUUUAUUAAGUUUCCCAUUUUAACAAUCCAAUCCAAUCCAAUCACAUUGAAUGUUCCAAAUUAUAAAAAUACAUAUCAAAUAGUCCAAAUAUUCUGCCUAAAUUAUAAAUUUUUGUUGGGACUUUCCAUGCUUCAAGUUCGGGGGGGGGGGGGGCUCUGAUCAUCUCAUAUCUCUGCUGCCUUGAAUAGUCUUUCCAAUAGUUCCUUUAAAUCUUCCUGUUGUUAACCUGCCUUCUUUCAUGGCCUCUGAGUUGUUUCCACAAGCGAGUAAUGCUGUAGUAACUCCUGAUCUCCGCAAUCCACUACUGAAAUCGUAUGGUAGCAGAAUGUUUGAUUCUUCUAUUUCCGUUGCUCUAUUGUGCUACUCUUUUAAAGUUAUAUGGGUGUGGGAAGUGCGUGCCUGUGCAUCUGUGCUAAUCUUGCUAUGAAACAGCAGCAUACAUCACUGAAUUCCCAGCAUGUUCUGGCAGAAAUAUGUAUGUGUAGGGCUUUUACUGGAAGUGCCUUUUCUUUGCAUCUUCAACAGCUUUCGGGGUGUCCUGGUUUUUAACUUUUUGAAAUAUAGCAACCCUAUUUGUGCAUUUGUGAUACUGGAUUAGGCAGCUACUGUUGCACUCCAAUAAAAUAAAUUCAUGAACCAGGGUAUCUUGUAAAUAUAUGUAUUGGGGAUAAAUACUUCUUGGUUUUUAGCACUUACAUCUGACAUAAAUUGCCAACCAUAGCUUUUUCAUGGUGGUCUUUAAAAGUUAGCGUUUUCCAGUUUUGUUAGUAUAAACAAGAGCCAAUUGCCUCAAAAAGCAAUUAAUUGUGCCUUACACGAAUUAGAGGUCCUAGGGAUGGAAUUACAUCAUUCAUUCAUUUAAUUUCUAUAUUGCCCUUCAUCCAAACAUCACAGGGCAGUUUACAAUAUAAAAACACAAAAAUACAUAACACAAUAAGAAAUGAAAACAAUACCCCCCUAUAUUAUUAUAACCAUAUGGACCAAAUUCUAUGAUUCUUUGCAAACAGGGAGAGAUAGUAAGAGAAUUCUGUGAUUUAACCCUCUCCUUCUCAGCCACUUGUCAACUCACUCUGUUCCAUGCUUUUAUCCUUGAGAUAUCAUAGAUUCAUAGAAUUGGAAGGGAACACAAAGGUAAUCUAGUCCAACCUCCUGCAAUGCAUAAUUUUUUUUGCCCAACAUGGGGCUCGAAUCCAUGUCCCUGAGAUUAAGAGUCUCGUGCUCUACCAACUGAGCUAUUCCAGUAUGACCUUUACGUUUUAUGUCUCAGUGAGAAAAGCAUCUUGGAAGUGGUUGUUUUGCUUUCUAUAUCUGCUAUUCCACUGGUCACUCUGAAACUCCCUGUUCUUUCCGUGCAACAGCUUUGCUUGCUAGAAAGAGACCCUGAGGAAAAGAAUAGCAAUUUGCCUCAAAAAGGUGUUCUCCGCUGAGAUUUUAUAUAUAUUAUAUGACUGAAGAGUUUUCCAUUUGUGGCAUUGAAACUUGAAGGUGGCAAUUCCAUCUAAAUGUUUUUACAUGAUGUUUUGAUUGAUGUAGCAGCCAGCAAUCUAGUCUUCCUCUUCUUCUUCUUUUAAAUCAUUCUUUGACAAAUUAGAGUGUGUAAAGCUUUCUGGCAUGCAAGCAGUCCGCUGACAAAAGGUUUUUAGCCAUGAAUGCAUUACAACGAUUGUAACAUAAAGUAGAGGUUUUAGCACCUCUGUGUUAUAUUUUGGCUCCCACACCCCUUUAAGCUUCAUAUUUCAGGCAGCUCUGAAUGGGAAAAUACAUGGAUUCCUCAACUCUUACCACCAGCAUUUUUGUGCAGUGCUCUAGGUGCUUAUAGAAAGGAAGAUACAGACUCUUCAGGCGUGUGUGAUUAUUUUUAAAAAAGAGAUGGUACAAUUGGCUGCAUGAGCAUGUGCUGCAUAGUUAUCCUAAAGUUGUCUUAAUUUGGUUCUGGUUCGACCAAGAAGGGUUUAGUAUUUAGUUUGGCACACCUUAACUAGUUCAGCUUACAUGGGGGAAAGUAAGCAUAGUUCAUGUUAGGAAUGUGAAUUGCAAAGUAAGUUGAAAUAAGUUAAUGUGCCUAAUUCUUUGGCAAAACAACUAUAGCUAUUCCGGCCUUUAGGUCAGAGAAUAGAAAUAAAAGGUUUUGUCACCAACAUUAACAGUUACAGAGAUGGAGUGGUCAUUAUGGCAUGGCAGAGGCACACCAGAGUUCUUACCUCAUUUCUCUACCGAGCUUUUCAUCUUCGCAAUAGGCAGGGAAUUCCAACAGAGUAGAAUUCUGGAAACGAGUAGACUUUCUUGCUUGUUGUUUUCCAGCCCAUUUAGAGCUCUGACUACAGAAGUCCAGAUGAGCCAUAAAACUAUCUUAUUCAAACAUAGCUUUAUCCAGAUACUGGGUUUUUGUGUGGUCGGUAUUCUGUUUGAAGCUAGCAAGUAUACUACAACAACAUCAUUAUUUAGUUAGCUAGUCCUGUCCUUAUUCCACAUCAUUAUUUAUUCUUUUUUCCCCAAUUUGGGUUCAACGAUGUAAAUAUGUUCAGGUUCUACUACAGCUAAAAACAACAACAAAGAGUUUGCACCAGUUUUUAGUUCCCAGCUGAUUAAUUACACAUAAUUUUCAUAUAUUUGUGGAAUACUUCACUUAUUACAGUAUUUUCUUUUAUUUGAGACAGUGGGUGUCAUCACUUUUUAUCUUACCUCUGAUAUGUUCACCAAAUAACAGGUUAGUUUGGUCUUAUUCACUCUGUAUAGCUAGGUACGCAAGAUGCUCUCCAGAAAGAUGGGUUGCAAGCUUCCUCCUGACCCAUUUCCACACCUCUCCUCCCAUGUUCCAGUCUGGUGUCUCCGAUACCUGGUGUCUUCCCAUCAACCCUGAACAUUGGCCAUGUUGGAUGGAGCUGGUGGGGGUCCAGGCAUCUGGAGGCCAUCAGGCUGGAGAAAGCUGCCAUAUGCCAUUGCAUAUGGAAAAUAAUGUCUAAAUAAGGAGACCCCCCCCACACACACACAGUUAUUUGAUUUGGGAUACGUCUUACCAUGGAUGUUGUUACACUUAGACACAUUUAACUUGUGUGCAUUUAGCUUUAUGUGCUUGGCAAAAAGGGGAAAGGGGGUGGGUGAUCGGAGUGGGGAAAAGCUUGGCAAUCCCACCUGCUAUUGAACCCAAUGUUUUUUGGCUUUACAUGACUUUGUAAGUUGACAGUAGGGAUACGGGUGGCGCUGUGGUCUAAACCACUGAGCCUCAGAAGGUUGGCAGUUCGAGUCCACGUGAGCUCCCAUUGCUCUGUCCCAGCUUCUGCCAACCUAGCAGUUCGAAAGCAUACCAGUGGAAGUACUGUAGAUAAAUAGGUACCAUAAAUAGGAGGGAAGGUCACUGGCGUUUCUGUUGGUUUGCAAGCCCCCUCCACAGAGGCUGGCCCCUCUCACUGUCCUCAGAGCUUGCAUACCGGUAACCUCCUCUGGCUGACAUCCAGACAGACCAGGGAGAUUUUGAUAGGCGACAUUUUCCCAAGAGUGGGUAAAAUGCACAACCCCUCCCUCCUGCUUCCGCAGGGGAAAGAAAAUAAGUCAGAAAUCUAUUUACAUGAUGUUUAUUUCUGACAUUACAGCACUAGAGAAAAACACGUCCUUUCAGUUCAGUUCUUCUAGCACGUCUGACAAACUUCCUGAACAUGCGCAAACGGAAAGUUUCAAAUUACACUCUUCACAAAGACUUAUCCAGCCUGUGAACGUCCGGGGAAAUUCUUCUUUCCCACAGAUAGGCGCAUCAUGUGAUGUCAACAAUCUGGCUGUCUGCAGCGGUGAUGUUUCCAUAUACUGACAGUUUCUGUGUGCUCUGGACAAACACUGGCUCCCUCAGCCUGAAAAGCUAGAUGAGCGCCACACCCCAUAGUCGCCUUUGACUGGACUUAACUAUCCAGGGGUCCUUAAGUUGCGUGUUGCCUGUAUCUCACACCAGCUGCACUGAUAUCAUAAUCCAUAGAAAUAAGCCAUGUAAAAAGUCCAGACUAGCACCCAUUGUUACAUAUCCAUUCCAAGGGAUUAUUGAAGUGUGCUUAUAUGAGAAUAACAUUUGUCAGCUUUUCUGUUGUAAACUCUCCUUUCCAUGGUUUUUUAAAAGCUAUAAAUAUUUGAUUGACUAAAAUACUACAGUUAUCUGUGGUAAGUAAUGUUACAUGGCAUGUUUUAAUCAUUUCAAUGAAAACACAUGGAUUGGGGUGACAUUUUGUUUCCUCUUCUGUUCCUUCCCCCUCUCCCUCUUUCAGACACAGAAUAUGGGAACUCAGCACCGAAUAAAAGUAGAUGUUCCUGAUCGUGUUCUUUACACUGUAGGCUCCUGUGUUCUUGUCAUUGGUUCUAUUGGAAUCACAGGAAAUCUCCUUGUCCUCUAUGCAUUUUACAGGUAUGGUUUUCUCAGGCUGGGGAUAAGUUUGAAUAGGGGUUUUUUUGUACUCUUUAAAUGAAAGGGGAAAAUCAACAACCUGAAGGGCUGUUGAGGUACCCAUGUGCCUCUGGUCUCCCCUCCACAUGCAGGGAGAUACGGCUCUUAUACCUACCUGCAAGUUGAACAUUCAGGAUCAGGGUAUAUCUCAGGGUAUAUCCCUGCUGACUACUGUUUGAUGAUUAAAGCAGUGGUGCUGUAUUCAAAGGGAUGGUGAGAAAACAAGAGGCUGGUUCAAAAGCCUGCUUGGAAAUAUAGCCAACAGGCACCAGAAAGCAACAAAGUGAAUAUGAGAGAGGUAUGACUAGGCAGGAAUGGGAGAUGUGCAGAAUUUCAACUAGCACCCUGAAAAGCACCAUUAUACCAGAGAAGGGAAGGUACACAGGAUUGCAACUUCUCUGUGAAAAGGAUGUUCUUUAUUUUAUUUUUUUUAAAAAAUACCAAAUUACUGGCAAGCCCUAUCUGUUCUAGCAUUAAUACUGCCAACACAAGUAGGUAUUGGCACAUAUAACUGUGAAUAAGAUUUUUAGACUGUAUAUAUCAUAGUGGAAUGCUUGAUGAAAUUCACAUUCCGACUUUCUAUUAUGUUUUUGUCACCUCAAUAAUAUACAAUGGUAAACAGAAAUACAGUGGCCAAGUUAACCACUCAUAUAAGAAUUUCGGUUUUGAGACUUUCUAUUGUGAGAGAUUGAAAUGACUUAUUUUAAAAACAUUUUCUCUGAUUCCAUAUAGGAGGUCAGAAUUUGCCCUGGUUUAUUUUGUCCAGGUAAUGGUUUUCCUGUUGCUGAAACAAGUUGCUCAUUAUCUUUUAACAUUGCUCUGAGCUCAGCCACUGAAAAUGAAAGCAUAUUUUAUUUUAACAUCUUACUAGUGUCACAUCACAGUGUCACACAUAAUCUUCAUGAAAGGCUACCAUAAAAACAGUGAUAGACUGUUGUGAAAAUAUCACUAGAAAUCGAGGGUGAUACCUCCUAGGUUCUAAAAUUGUCACAAUAUUUUGAGCCGGUGAUGGGAUGUUCUUUUGCACAACAGCCUUGUUCUGCGUGUCAUGUGUGCCGUUCUUUUAAAUCUCGUCAACAUUUCCUCCCAGCAAAUCACACAUUUACAAAAUAUAUCUAUUUAAGUGGGAGAGAGACGACUUGCGCUUGGGAUAUUUUAGAAUUUGAGUUCCAAAAGUGGUAGCAAUGGGGGCAAAUGUACCUUCUGAACAUUAAUUUGUUUGUGACUAGGUUGCCUUCCAGAUAUCAGGGAGUUCAGGCGCUGUGCCCUGAUAUUCUGAUGAACUUUCUGUGGACGUUGACAGCUGUGGCUUUGAGUUCUAGGUGAACUGAAACUGCUGAGUAAUGCCACAUGGAUCACUGAGCAGCAGUCAGAUAGUAAUGACUUUUGGUCAUGCUUAAACAAGGAAAGAUUUGACCUAGUGACCUAAAGAAGCAGUACUAGAGUUCAUAAUGCAUUCUCUUUCCUUCUGAUUCCUUCUGUUUUGUCUUUGCCUGCUAACGCUGCAGGGUCUGUCAAAAACAAGCACAACAUCAAAGAGUAGUAUAUCAUGCCAGCAUCUGUAAAGAUGUGGCUCAGGAGCUACCCAGGCUGCCUGCUGAGAAGAUGUAAUGUGGUAUGAAAGCAAUGCAAUGUUGUAGAGCAGGUCUAUAAAAAUAAUUUAUUUGGUAAAUUUUCUUGUAUUGUGAUUUUCUAUGCAGGUAGGAUUCAGAAAGUCAGGGACAAUUUUUCCACCAGGGGACAGUAUUCCUAUCUUUUUAGUGAAUGAGAGCAUAAGAUGAUCCAUAGGAAUACUAAUGUGAAAUGAUGCACCUGUAGCACCCAUGGCAAAUAAAUGGUGGAUGGUUUUAACAGUUGCGCCAAGGGAUAGUUUAACCUACCGAUUUUGCACUAAUGUUUCCGAUUCAAAAAGUAGAUUCACACAUGCCUACAACAUACUCAGGUUGAUGCCCCCCUCCCCAAUUUCUUUGUAAGUAUACAUUACAUAUAGACAUUCAGGCAAAGGUUCAAUUUCCAUUCAUUUCUUCAUGCAUAGAGAGAUCAAAGCAAUGAAAAGCAACUUGUAUUAUCUCCAUGUUAGCAGAAAUGAUCCAGUCACACACAUACCUUUAUAUGUGGAGGGAGAAGCAUUUCCCAAGCAUUAUAUGUGGAGGGAGAAACAUUUCCCAAGAUAGAUAAAUAUGUAAAAUUCUGCUAAGCUGAAUCCAGUAUAAAACUACCUUAAUGGUGCUUUGAGUUUGAAAUAAAAGUGUGGAAUAAGUUGCUGUUACAACAUUUUAGUACUAUGACUGUCAAGGUGAUACUAUGUUUGAAGCAUCUGCAGUGUCCUGUUCUGUGGAUGCUUAAGGCUGUGAAGGUAAGCAAGUAUAUUGUACACGGUUCGAGUGAGGGGUCGUAUAAGAAUACCUGUAUAAAUGAAUGAAUGAAUGUCCCAGAUAGUUGAGACAUGUGGAGUCAAAACAGGCAAAGUCAAGUGAGUCAGAAGCUCACUUCAAACAAUGAUCAAGUUGAAACCAAAGUAGGACCUUGGAUAGCUCCAAGUGGAUUAAGCUCUCUUCUAAUAAAGUAACUGUAGGAAAAUAUUGUCCAUGUGGAGAGGAAAAUCCAGCUGAACUUUUUUUAGGCUGAUAAGCUCCCUGGUAUGGUUAGCUCAACAACCCUGGCUGGGUUGUUGUUGAAGAGGUCCUAUCUAAUUUUGGAGUCCUUGACAUUUGUGAGUGUGGGGAGGUUGAAGUGCUGUAAGGGACCCAUCCAAUGAGUCUUGAGUAUGGUGACAGGGUUUAUUUAGCAAAACUAAAUAAAUGUGGUUUAUUUUAUUUUAUAAACUGAAUUAUAAUUAAAGAUAAACUCACUGUUUUGCUUUCUUUCACCUUUUUGGGGGCACCAUGAUGAUGCUUAUUAAGCAACAAGCGGCUGAGGACACCGGCAAACUAUUUCAUAAUGAAUUUAGCGGCAAGUGAUUUUCUGAUGUCCGCAACUCAAGCUCCAAUCUGCUUUCUCAACAGCAUGCACACAGAAUGGAUACUCGGAGACAUAGGUACUUUUCCAAUGCUGUUUUGCACAUGAACCUCUCCCUAUUUCAUGGAACUUGUCUUUGUGGCAUGAGAAGGUUGUUGAAAUCUAUUUGCUGCUAUAGACAAACUGACCCUGUUUUAAGAGUUACUGAGCAUAUCUGUCUUUUUGUCACUAAAGUCAGUUCCUCCUCCCUUCUGCUUCUUUUUAAUGAAACCGCCUGUGAAAGGUGGACCAGGCAGUACAGUGUCCCCACCCCAGUACCAUCAUAAUAUAUAAGCAACCAUGUCAGUCUGUGAAAAGAUAUGCACAAUUGUUUUGUUUUGUACCAUCUCCCUCCCUGCAUUUCAAAAAUGAAAACCUUGCACUCUCUUCUUUCUGUUUUAGGUUGUAACUUUUAUGCUUUUUGUGGGGCACUCUUUGGAAUAACUUCAAUGAUGACUUUAUUAGCUAUUUCAGUUGAUCGCUACUGUGUGAUUACUAAGCCUCUGCAGUCUAUAAAAAGGUCUUCAAAGAAACGCUCGUGCAUCAUCAUUGCCUUUGUCUGGCUCUACUCGCUGGGAUGGAGCGUAUGUCCUCUCUUUGGAUGGAGUAUGUUACUUACUCUUUUCUUAAUGUAUAUACUGUCUUGUGUGCAUUGUCUUUGCUUUCUUAAAUAUGUGUGGGACGGCUAAGUGACAUUAGCAAAUGGGGUGACAGUUAGCAUUUCUAGGGCAUUAUUGCCAAUGAGAAAUCUGGUUCUUUUAUAGUGGUGGAGUCCUUAUUUUCAAAGUGAAUCAGCUGGUAAAAGUAGAUGAACAGGUUUAUAUCAACACUUGUCCUAGCUAGCAGAACCGGUAGGUGUUCCUCAGGUUCCUCAUUAAGAGAGCUGCUGCAUCAACAGAAAGCUUAACUGGAAUCUGACUUACUCUAUGUCUGCAUCUCUUCAUGUAGCUAUUUGAAAGAAGAGCAGGAAGAGGAGGACUUUAAUAAAGAAUGGGGGAAGCCUUACAAUCUGUUUGAAAAACUAUUGUAAACAAUGACACACAUUGGUAGGGUUGACAUAAAACUUGUCAUAUUUAGAUAAGCUGCUUUGACAGGCAGGUAAGAUGGCCCUUAAGAUCCUUUCCAUCUCUACAGUUCUAUGUAUGAUACUUGCACUGAGAUAAUCCCACAGAGGUCCCACAGUUAAUAAGUCUGACAGCAUUUAUCUAGUAGCAUAGCCGUCAGUGUUGCCAGAAACUCUGGUUGAAGACUCUGUGCAGUCAGGUGUGGGAUAAGUAAGAGGGAUGGAGUGCCUCUCAUGAAGACUGGAGCAGCAGAAUGGUGCUGUUCUGCCCACCACUACCUUCAUAGAUGGCACAUGCCAGUGAGGAAGUGAUGCCCUUCCUCAGGGUUGUAUCCAGUACUGAAUGAGCAGCAUUCUGCUUGUUCAAUGGGACUUUCUGCUUGUAUGCCCCCAAAAUCUUAUUCAGAGGGUACCCCAACCCCCUGGAGCAGAUUUUGAGGGUUCACAGGAGGCUGCUGGGGAAGACAAUGAAAUUGCAUUGCACAAGCAGACAGAUGUUGCACAGGUCGAAUGGCAGAGUUGCACACAACCCAAAGCUGCCACUUCUCUGUGGAAGCUUUCAGCUUCCUUCUGCCCCCACCUCACCAGCUGCCACUGGUUGUAUAUGGAGAGAAAGCCUAACAGCUGAAGAAGCCUGAGGGAUUUUGUUCUUGAGUUCUGCUGUGCGUCCCUGCCAUAGCUAUCAACUUUCAGAUUUGAAAGUAAGGGAUCAGCAGCCUCGAAAAUAAGGGAUCAGCAGCCUCACCUGUCCCGGGGACAGUCUACGGGGUAUCUAACAAUCCAGGACAGCGGCAGGAAACGGCUCUGGAAUAAGGGAAUUUCCCGCAAAAAAAGGGAAGGUUGACAGCUAUAGUCCCUGUUAUGUCUAUUUUGUUGCAUUAUUAGGAGUGUUUUUAAUCUGAUUUAUAUUUUUUUACUUGUAAGCCACUCUGGAGUAGUGAGAAAUGUAACAUCUGUAAAUGUAAAUAUAUGACAGAUAAUACCAUAAAUAUUACAAAUAUUUGGAAACUAAAGAUAUUUAUAUCUUUGUAAUAUCAUUAUAAGAAGCACAAUGGCCAGUUAUUAUGCACAUUAACCUCUCAGUUUAACAUCCCCUAUAGAUAUAGAAAGAUAGAUUUCCAGCAUAACUUUUUGAAAGUUCAGGGUUGUCAAAUCAGUGAUUUAUGAUUUAAUUUAGAACAAAAGCCCCUGCUAGAAAAGCCUUGAAAGACCCAUAAUGAAAAUGGCAUUAACCACUAGGACAUGCAGAGCCGCCUUAUUAAUAAAUGCUAUCAAAUUUGUCUAAGAAAAAGGAGCUGACCCUAUCUCUAUUUGCCAGCAUCAUUUUCAGAGGGUUUCUUGCCUCCCAGGAAGCAUUCAGCGUGACCAUGUGAAGAUUUUAAAAGGUUGCUCAUGGAAGAUUGGCAGUUUUCUGAUUACUUGUGCAUAAUACAUUUGUUCGUAAUAAGAACUGAUCUUAAUAAGGCCCAGUUGGGUGACUGAAUGCAUGCCAUUUUUAGACAGCAGAAUCAUAACUGCAUUUUCUAGGACAGACUUGAACUCUUCAAGAAAGCAAACAUACUUUUCCCUGAGACUGAAAACUUUUGUGGGGGAUGUACCAUCGAGCUUCAGACAAGUGUUUGCAUGACUAGCAGGUGCAAACCUAUGCGCAUUGAUUGUACAUGUCUAUUCAGAAGUAAGCCCCAUUGAGAUCAAUGAUAUUUACUCCCAGUUAUGGGUAGGAUUGUGGCCUUAGACUAUCAUCCUGUGUGUCACUUACCUUAGAGUAAAUCCAGCUGAACUCAAAGGGGCUAACUGCCUAGUAGAUAUGUGCAUAAUUUGAUGCACGUUAUUGAUUUUAUUCAAAUCGGGGGCAGUAGACACUGUGGCCUCCAGAUGUUGCUUGAAUGCAUUGCCCAUCAUCCCUGAUCAUUAUGCAAGCUGGUGGGAGUUUGGGAGUCCAACAGCUUCUGGAGGGCACCAUAUUAGCUGCCCCUGAUUUAGAUUACAGUGGUACCUUGGGUUAAGUACUUAAUUCGUUCUGGAGGUCCGUUCUAAACCUGAAACUGUUCUUAGCCUGAAGCACCACUUUAGCUAAUGGGCCUCCAGCUGCCCCCGUGCCGCUGGAGCACGAUUUCUGCUCUCAUCCUGAAGCAAAGUUCUUAACCCGAGGUACUAUUUCUGGGUUAGCGGAGUCUGUAACCUGAAGUGCAUGUAACCUGAAGCGUAUGUAACCCGAGGUACCACUGUAUUUUAUCUUUUAAGAACCACUUCUCCCCAGGCAGCUCACAAAUGAAAGAUCAGAACAACACACAACAAAUAAUAAAUUUAAAAGCAGCAGUGAGAUUAAAAGUGAAAGCCAAUCUGCAGCAUGAAAUGGCACAGCCAAUGAGAAUUGAGCCCAAGACAUGCUUUCUUACAAGCAACUGCCACUGAACUAUUUCCGAGUAACUAUGCAUAGCAACUAAGUUAUGCCAUUGUGCUAUUAUGCUAUUGUGGCCCCUGAAAGCUUAUGACACAAUAAGUUAAUAGUGUCACAAAAUUAUUUGUUAUGUUUACCGCAGCAGACUAUAACAGUCUCCUAUGAAGUAGUGCUGCUUUUUCUUAAUUGUCAAGCUCCUGCAUCUGUUCUUAUUUAUGCAUUGUAUUAAUAAUCAUGUUUAUUCUCAGGUUCCUAUAUACCUGAAGGUUUGAUGAUAUCUUGUACAUGGGACUACGUAUCCUAUUCUCCAGCAAACAGAAGUUAUACCAUGAUGUUAUGUUGCUUUGUGUUCUUUAUCCCUCUGAUAAUAAUCUUCCACUGCUAUCUAUUCAUGUUUCUGGCCAUUAGAAGUACUGGCAGGUAAGCAGAGCGCUGAAAAAUAUUCAUAUAAAUAGAUAAUUAUUUUGUUGGUUGUUUCUUCUUUUUAAUCACAGUUAACUUGCUGCUUAUGGCUUCAAGACUUUGUUAAAGAAGAAGAGGAUCAAUGGCAAGAAAUAUCUAUUUUUAUGGGAAUUACUUUCCUUUCUGUCCCUGAUGACUUUUGACUUGGGCAGAGCAAUCCAAAUUCCUGAUCUGCUGGAAUGGAGGGAGUAUGGAUGAGACUUCUGGAGGUGUCCCCUCUGCCUGGCUGUGCCUGGCUCUACCAGUAGGGAGACUCUACAGCAGACAUCCCUCUGCUAACUGCCCAAAACACAGAUGGGCAGAAGCUACUGUCAGCAGAGCCCUUGUCAGCGAUAGUCAGGAAGUGGGUGGACCUGAGUCAGCCAAGGAGCUGCUGGACCCUAAACUGGUCUAGCUACCAGCAAACUGUGGUGAGGGGCCCAAUCCAGGCUUGGUUGCAGAAAACAUGCACACUUUCCCUUCCUCUCCACCUUCUUCUACCUUGGUUGGCAUGAGCAGUGGGGGGGGGGGUCCUGGAUGCUGUGGUGGCUCUGCCACUCCACUGAAACCUGCUGUGGCCUACCAGAGGUUAGAAGUCUGCCCUUAAUUGGGCAGUCUUUUUAAAGGUGUUUGGACUUAUUGGUUGGUUAUAUUUAUUGUAUCGGUCUAAGAGAAUGUGGAUACAAAGGAACUUAGUUAAUACUUUUCAUUGAACCAUUUUCUGUAAAUAUGGAAGAAUCCCAGCUUCAUAGAACUAGGCUGGAAUAGUGCAAAUAAUCCUUGUACAGUGGUACCUCGGGUUAGGAACUUAAUUCGUUCCGGAGAUCCGUUCUUAACCUGAAACUGUCCUCAACCUGAAGCACCACUUUAGUUAAUGGGGCCUCCCGCUGCUGCCACGCCACCACCACACAAUUUCUGUUCUCAUCCUGAAGCAAAGAUCUUAACCUGAGGUACUAUUUCUGGGUUAAUGGAGUCUCUAACCUGAAGCAUCUGUAACCUGAAGCAUCUGUAACCCGAGGUACCACUGUAUGUGUACAACAAUUCCUUGUUCUGCUUGCAUCUUUUGCAAUACAGUGGUACCUUGGGUUACAUAUGCUUCAGGUUACAUACGCUUCAUGUUACAGACUCCACUAACCCAGAAAUAGUACCUUGGGUUAAGAACUUUGCUUCAGGAUGAGAACAGAAAUCGUGCAGCUGUGGCAGCACGGCAGCAGCGGGAGAAUCCAUUAGCUAAAGUGGUGCUUCAGGUUAAGAACAGUUUCAGGUUAAGUACAGACCUCCGGAACAAAUUAAGUACAUAACCAGAGGUACCACAGUACUCCAAAGGUCCUCAGCCAUCUUCAUUUUGAGGUGUGCAUGUUUUUGAUGCAAAUCUCACCAUGUGUAAGAGCCACUUUACAAACCUUACGCAGAAUGUAGGGAACGGAAGGAGCAAUUAGUUGUACUUCCUGUCCUGCUCUCAUCCACCUCAAAGCUGCUACCAAUGUAAGCUAUCUCACAAAAGUUCAUGAGACCAGUAUAUCAGGUGGGGGAGGGGAACUAAAUAUAAUUAGGAGAACACACAUACACGUUCUCUGCCUCUUUUUCUGAAGUGCUGUUUUAAGAGAAGCUACGCACCAUUGCAUUUACUGCUAGUAAUGCCUUUCAUAUGCUGAAUGAAGUGUUUUUUCCUUAAAAUACCUCCUGCUGUUUCUUUCAUAGGAACGUUCAGAAGUUAGGAUCAACCUAUAACCGGAAGUCGAAUGUUUCACAGUCAGUGAAGAGUGAAUGGAAGUUAGCAAAAAUUGCCUUUGUGGCUAUUGUGGUGUUUGUUCUGUCCUGGUCCCCAUAUGCUUGUGUCACUCUGAUUGCGUGGGCAGGGUAAGUGGCAAGCCACCAAUGAAGCAGUUUCAGUCAAGGGUGGAUAAGGAUUAUAUGUGUGUGUAAGCAAUCCAUCCUGAAACUUCAGUUCCCUCGAGGAUUGUAAGAACUUUUCUCUCCCUGGUAUGCUUUGUGAAUGAGACAUAAUUGUAAUAAAUGCUACCAUCUACAAGGCUAAACAUCUUUACAAGUGCCCCCCCUCCCCACUUAGGCGCAAUAGACUCACGUGUGACCGCAUAUACGCAUGGUGCCAGGAAGUAAAUGAAUAAUUCGAUUCAAACCUAGGGAUGGUGGGAGAGACCUUGAGAGUCCUCAUUGCUCAUGAGGAAACCCUCCCUGGAGCCCAAAGAGGAUGUCGGUGACGGCAGAGGAAGCCCCAAAGAGACUGGAGGUGCAGCAGGGUUUUGUUUAGGCCGCUCAACCUCCCCGCCUAAAAGCUGAUGCUCGCAAUAGCGCAGCAGCAGCUGCUUCUCCAUGUGUCCUCCAGCCAGCCCCAGAGCUUCAAUUCUAGUCGUCAGUAUCUUUGGAUACAGUGUUUUUGGUCCGGAUUGGAGAGAGAGCAUCAGAGAGGGCUUUUAAAGGGUGUUUUGAGGCUGUCCCCAAUUAAGUGAUAUUUGCUUAUUGUAUAGAAGCCUGGAAUGUAACCCCUGCGUAAGUGGGGUGGACACCUGUAUACAGAAGCUAGAAUAAACACCUAGUUAGAGGUGAAUUCCGUCCCCCCCCCCCCCCGGAAUAUUCCUGCAGAGAAAAUGGAGUGUGAUGCACCAUUCUACUUCACAUUAAAGUAUCUGAUUUUCCGCCUGUUUUCCUAUAAAAAUGUUCACCAUCACCUAUGCAGAUUUGUAGAUAAUUGCUUGUGCAUGUAAUAACCCACACAUUCUGAUUCAAAAACAGAAUGCUGCAAGCAGUUGCAAAAUGCCUACCAUCUUUUGUUUGGAACCUAUAAUGUGAUAUGCAGUGAAGAAUAAUUAAAGACACCUAAAGUACACUUAAUUGGAGAUAUGAAAGGAACAUUUCAUACAAAGAUUACCAUAAUAAAGGACAAAACUGGUAAGGACCUAACAGAAGCAGAAGACAUCAAGAAGAGGCAGCAAGAAUACACAGAGGAAUUAUACCAGAAGGAUAUGGAUGGCUCGUACACGCCAGGUAGCGUGGUUGCUGAUCUUGAGCCAGACAUCCUGGAGAGUGAAGUCAAAUGGGCCUUAGAAAGCACUGCAAAUAACAAGGCCAGUGGAAGUGAUGGUAUUCCAGCUGAACUAUUUAAAAUUUUAAAAGAUGAUGCCGUUAAGGUGCUACACUCAAUAUGCCAGCAAGUUUGGAAAACUCAGCAGUGGCCAGAGGAUUGGAGAAGAUCAGUCUACAUCCCAAUCCCAAAGAAGGGCAGUGCCAAAGAAUGCUCCAACUACCGCACAAUUGCACUCAUUUCACAUGCUAGCAAGGUCAUGCUUAAAAUUCUACAAGGCAGGCUUAAGCGGUAUGUGGACCGAGAACUCCCAGAAGUGCAAGCUGGAUUUAGAAGAGGCAGAGGAACCAGAGACCAAAUUGCAAACAUGCACUGGAUUAUGGAGAAAGCUAGAGAGUUCCAGAAAGACAUCUACUUCUGCUUCAUUGACUAUGCAAAAGCCUUUGACUGUGUUGACCACAGCAAACUAUGGCAAGUUCUUAAAGAAAUGUGAGUGCCUGAUCACCUCCUCUGUCUCCUGAGAAAUCUCUAUGUGGGACAAGAAGCUACAGUUAGAACUGGAUAUGGAACAACUGAUUGGUUCAAAAUUGGGAAAGGAGUACGGCAAGGCUGUAUAUUGUCCCCCUGCUUAUUUAACUUAUAUGCAGAAUUCAUCAUGCGAAAGGCUGGGCUGGAUAAAUCCCAAGCCGGAAUUAAGAUCGCCGGAAGAAAUAUCAACAACCUCAGAUAUGCAGAUGACACAACCUUGAUGGCAGAAAGUGAGGAGGAAUUAAAGAACCUUUUAAUGAGGGUGAAAGAGGAGAGCGCAAAAUAUGGUCUGAAGCUCAACAUCAAAAAACGAAGAUCAUGGCCACUGGUCCCAUCACCUCCUGGCAAAUAGAAGGGGAAGAAAUGGAGGCAGUGAGAGAUUUUACUUUCUUGGGCUCCAUGAUCACUGCAGAUGGUGACAGCAGCCACGAAAUUAAAAGACGCCUGCUUCUUGGGAGAAAAGCAAUGACAAACUCAGACAGCAUCUUAAAAAGUAGAGACAUCACCUUGCCAACAAAGGUCCGUAUAGUAAAAACUACGGUUUUCCCAGUAGUGAUGUAUGGAAGUGAAAGCUGGACCAUAAAGAAGGCUGAUCGCCGUAGAAUUGAUGCUUUUGAAUUAUGGUGCUGGAGGAGACUCUUGAGAGUCCCAUGGACUGCAAGAAGAUCAAACCUCUCCAUUCUUAAGGAAAUCAGCCCUGAGUGCUCACUGGAAGGACUGAUCGUGAAGCUGAGGCUCCAAUACUUUGGCCACCUCAUGAGAAGAGAAGACUCCCUGGAGAAGACCCUGAUGCUGGGAAAGAUGGAGGGCAGAAGGAGAAGGGGACGACAGAGGACGAGAUGGUUGGAUGGUGUUCUCGAGGCUACCAGCAUGGGUUUGAGCAGACUGCAGGAGGCAGUGGAAGUGCCUGGCGUGCUCUGGUCCAUGGGGUCACGAAGAGUCGGACACCACUAAAUGACUAAACAACAACAAAGUACACUUGAUAUUGAGCAUGUUUUAAUACUUCUGGAGUAAUUGCUCUUCUUGCAGAAAUCCUGAAGUUUAAUACCAGAAGAAAAUAUCAAAUGUGGUCCUCCACCCUACAGCAUUUCAACCUCACAUCAGUCAGGAAAUAUUCAAACUAUUUUGUGCUUUGUUGAUAGUGUUGGCCCUUUUAGUUAUUACCCUUGUAUUUUAAUGCUGUGUUUUUUUCUUGUUUCUAGCUAUGCCAAGACCUUAAACCCAUAUUCUAAAUCAGUGCCAGCUGUUAUUGCCAAAGCUUCUGCGAUCUACAAUCCCAUAAUCUAUGCAAUCAUUCACCCAAGAUACAGGUAGUGUGAAUGCAUCCCUAUGUUAAUAUUUUAUACAGAGAUAUGCAUUGUUUCGAAUGAAUUCACCGUUGGAUGGUAAAGAGAACGUAUUACUUGAAUCACUGCAUUUUGAGUAUUUCCUUCCAUUUGGAUUCUGUAUUCUGCAGAAUAGAGUUCCGUGCUGGGUAUUUGGUGAAGAGUGUGUCACAGACCUUGCAAGACCAAGCAAAUUCCUAAGUAUAGAAACCUAGUAAGCUUCUAGCCAGGCCAUUGGUCCAUCUAGUUCAGGGGUCAGCAAACUUUUUCAGCAGGGGGCCAGUCCACUGUCCCUCAGACCUUGUGGGGGGCUGGACUAUAUUUUUUGGGGAAAAAUGAACGAAUUCCCACUAUAUGUCCCACAAAUAACCCAGAGAUGCAUUUUAAAUAAAAGCACACAUUCUACUCGUGUAAAAACACCAGGCAGGCCCCACAAAUAACCCAGAGAUGCAUUUUAAAUAAAAGGACACAUUCUACUCAUGUAAAAACAUGUUGAUUCCCGGACUGUCCGUGAGCCGGAUUUAGAAGGCAAUUGGGCCACAUCCAGCCCCUGGGUCUUAGUUUGCCUACCCAUGAUCUAGUUCAGUUUUGUCUACACUGGUGAGCAGCAGCUCUCCUGCACUUCAGGCAAGAGGCUCUUCCAAUCCUACCUGGAAAUGUGGAGGACUGAACCAUCUGCAUGCUGGGCAUAUAAUCUACCACUGAGCUAGAGCUCUUCAUUAAGAUACUUCACUAAGAUUGUACACUUCACUCCUCCCUAGUACAGGGCUGCUAGUACGAUGGCCUGGUGCAUACCAGUGAUGUAAUCAGAAAGCCUAGAAGCCUCGACACCCAUCAGCCUUCUCUGCUUCCCUAUGGCAGGGUCCAAGAUAAAUUGGGACAGGGAGCAGCACUUUGUACCAUUAGGAUUUUACAGUGGUACCUUGGUUCUCAAACACCUUGGUACUCAAACAACUUGGAACCCAAACACUGCAAACCUGGAAGUAAAUGUGGCGGUUUGCAAACAUUUUCAGAAGUCGAACAUUUGAGUGUUACGCUUCUGUUUUGAGUGUUAUGCUGAGGUCUGUCUAUUUUUGCUAUUUAUUUUGCAUUUUUGUUUUAGCGCUCUUUUUUGUUUUGUUUUUGUGACUUUGUGGAACCCAGUUCAGCUACUGUUUGUUUGAUUGAUUGUGUGACUGCAGUACAUUAUUGCUUUCAUUUUAUGGAUCAAUGGUCUUGUUAGAUAGUAAAAUUCAUGUUAAAUUGCUGUUUUAGGGGUUGUUUUAAAAGUCUGGAAUGGAUUAAUCCAUUUUGCAUUACUUCUGUGGGAAAGCACGCCUUGGUUUUGGAACGGACCUCCGGAACAGAUUAAGUUUGAGAACCAAGGUACCACUGUGUUAGGUUUUAAAGCUCUGAAUGCUUCUGUAAGUGAACCAUGUGUUCAGGAUCAUGCAAAUAUGAUUUGAAAUCUUUUACUCCAGUUUGCUAUCACUCCUUUUUCAGUUCAGCAGCCAAGUCUGGUUAACAGUUAAAGACAAGUAAUUUGUAGCGUCGAAACACAGUAAAACUGAGUUUUCUGCUGAGCUUGAAAUUGCUUCUAUAUUCAAAAACUAAUGGAUUCUGUUAAAAUACUUUACAGUUCAGGUAUCUCCCUUUUAAACUCCCCCCCCCAAGGGAUGUGUUCCUAUUUUCCCAGUUGCUGGAAGAUUUUUCAACACAGAAUCUUUAUUAGCCCAAAUACUGCAAUGCAUUUUUCUCCCAUUUAGGGAAAAGCAAGUACAAGAGCAGAAACUAGAGGGCCCUCCAUUAUUCUUAACUCUUCACCAUGACUAACAGAAACAACAUUAACUGUGCGCAACAAGCAAAUGUAUGCACGUUUGUUUGAUCGGUAUAUAGAAUUGGUUUGCCUUGGUGUGUAGAUUUUUUAUUCUUUUUUAUUGCUUUAAGUCGAGAGUGGGGAACAUAUGGCUUGCAGACCAAACUUGGUUUUCCAGGGAUUCAAAUUUGGUCUUGGAGGGCAUUUUCCCCAAACUACACCUGACAGAGAUACAGCUGCCAGUGCACAAUCAGAAGCCUUAAAGCAGCGGUUCUCAACCUGUGGGUCCCCAGAUGUUGUUGGACUACAACUCCCACCAUCCCUAGCUAGCAAGGCCAGAGCUCAGGGAUGAUGGGAGUUGUAGUCCAGCAACAUCUUGGGAUCCACAGGUUAAGAACCGCUGCCUUAAAGCAUGGAUAGGCAAACGAAGGCCUGGGGGCUGGAUGCGGCCCAAUCGCCUUCUAAACCCGGCCCAGGAAUCAGCGUGUUUUUACACGAGUAGAAAGUGUCCUUUUAUUUAAAAUGCAUCUCUGGGUUAUUUGUGGGGCAUAGGAAUUUGUUCAUUUUUUAUUUUCAAAAUAUAGUCUGCCCCCCCCCCAAGGUCUGAGAGACAGUGGACCGGCCCCUGCUGAAAAUUUUUGUUGACCCCUGCCUUAAAGUGUGCUCCAAAUUGUUCAUUGGCAAAGGAAAGCAGGCUCCGGCUCUCCUGCCCAUCAUCUGGCUGAGCUGAAGCCAUGUGGCUUGGUUGCAUGAGCAAGUUUCCCAUCGGGAAAAUUGCAGGUGGGAAGAGUGCUGUUGUGCUGAGGUGUUGCUUGCAGGCAUGGAGUGGUUGCCCACUGUAAUAACAGCAUGAUGGACUAGAUGGGCUAUUGAUCUGAUCCAGUAGGCUCUUCUUAUGUUCAUAAAUGGUGUGUAUGUGUGUGAGAGAGAGAGAGAAGAGAAAAGAAAGAAAGGAAGAAAGAGAGAGAUUUUGAUACUGUCACAAACAAACACAGUGUCAUUGCACCAUCUCCAGAGUUAUUAGAUUCAAGGACACAUAACUCUUUUGAAUCAUGGCCAAUAGAUAAAUGACUUUGUUUUACUUCUGUUUUACUAAAAGGAAAUGCUGCAUAAAAGUUUUAAACAAUAGAUACAUGAUUCUGCCACAAGGUGGCAGCAUAAAUCAUCUGUGUGAUUUUAGCCUCAGCAGCAAAUGUAACCACUUAACAAUCUUUUAAUGGAUAUAAAAAGUUUGUAGUAUACUAACAGCAUUCUGUGACACAUAACAGCCAUUAUUUUCAUCACAUGUUUGGGUGAAUUUCUUCAUAACUUUUUGUUUGUUUAUCAAAGCAUUCAUGGAUUUCAGAAUGCAAAGUUUCUUAAAUUUGCGUAUAACAACAGUAACAGUAACAACAACAACAACAACAACAAUUUAUUAUUUUUACCCCGCCCAUCUGGCUGGGUUUCCCCAGCCACUCUGGGCAGCUUCCAACAAAGAUUAAAAAUACAUUAAAAUGUCACACAUUAAAAACUUCCCUAAAUAGGGCUGCCUUCAGAUGAAUCAAUUAUUUGCUUUGCCAUCCUAUAUUCCUCUUAGACCAGCUGGAUGGAUGCAGGAUUAAUUGAAACAUUAAAUUUGAAUUGUGAGAGCUUGAUAUUUCCUAAAAUGUUCAGCUGAUUCUAUACGUAUUGACUGAUGCAUCCUAGUUUUAUUACUACUGAUGUCCCAUAGAUUCCUGCGGUGAUUAAGCAAACAAUCAGUUACAGAAGUCCAGCCUUUGGGCUUCUCUAAACAACCUAUGUAUCCCUUAUUCAUCCUGAUUUGUUUCAGCAGAAUUUAUGUGGAGAUUAGAUUAUAUCUUGUCUUCCAUUGAGGAUUUGUUCUGGUGUGUUUGUAGGGCUAUUAUGAGACAAUGAUUAUUCUGCACUUAUCGUGGUUUGCUUGCAGGUUGUUCACAUGUCUUCCCCUUGGUCAUUUGUUUAUCCCACACUUUUUGAAGCAUUUCCCCAUCACAUUACAAACCUCAAAAGUCUUGUUCUUUUUAAAGGGGGGUUUGUAUUGCACUUUAACCCUCUUUAAUUAUGCAAACCUAAAGUUCUGGUAUGUACUUGAUGUUGGUUUCUGCUUUCCUUCACUGUGCAGCUCUGCUUGUCAUGAGACAGGUGUUUACAUUCCACAGUCUGUACUGUUGGAGUUUCUCACGGGAAAGGGAGACUGGAUGUGACGUACACUGGUUUCCUGUUUUUUCACUGUGUUUCUCUCCGAGCUGAGAGAGGAGAGAGGAUGCAUUUUUCUGCUCCUGCAGAGGCAAGAUGUCUUUCUGUAAUAUACCAGCUUUGAACUGUAAAUAAAGCAAUAUAGAGUAUGUAGCACGUAUUCUUCAUCCUUCCGCUGGGCACGACAGACUCUGCUUUAAAUCAACACGUGGUUAUGGACUCCAGAGGUCGAAUCGGAGUGCCGGCAAAGGAUCGGAAUGCAGAGGGACGGAUCGGAAAGGAAUCUGCUCUGCGCGUAGAAGUGAUUGAUGAGGUAUGUGCUACUGCUCCGGGCAGCCUGCCAGCUUCAAGUUAAUGGCUUUAUGGCUGGACUUUGAACUUUUAAAGCCGGUUUUGCCGGGAGUAGGCAAAAGGCUCCCAGGCACAAGUCACUAUGCUGGGGAAAUCGAAAGUAACUUUUAAGUGUGCCUUUGUAAUGAGGCAGCUGCAGCAGUGACGCAGCAAGAUUUAAAGCAGCAUAUGACGCUGAAGGCUAAUGCCAGAGUCAUGAUGGCCCUUCAGGAUGCUUGUGGGAUUCCUAAGCUCAACAAGAAAAAUUACAGCGACUGGGUUCAGUAUGCAGAGGCAAUUCUGCGGAAAGAGGGUUUGAUUGAGGUGAUUACAGGAACCCCCCCAGUUCCAGUUACAGAUGCAUGGGAAGCUAAGGAUUCCAAAGCAAGGGAACUCUUACAUUGAUAGUAUCCCCAGAAGAGCUCUGUCUAUUGCGUGAUAAGACCUCAGCCAGAGAAAUUUGGGACGCUCUGAGAGAGGCUCACUUAAGGACAGAAGCUGGAUCCACUAUGUUUUAUUUUAACAAGCUGCAUAAUAUGGCUCUUGCUGAAGGUGGAGAUGUGCGUUUACAUCUAAUGGAGAUGCAAAAUCUGAGACAUGAGCUGCAACAGAGAGGACUCAACUUUCCAGAGGCUGUGUAUUCUUUCAUGAUACUACAAUCUUUGGGUUCAGGUUGGGAGUCUGUUGCAACCCAGAUUGCUGUGCAACCAACUGCUCAGCUGACAGUGGACUUUGUUACUGCCGUGAUUUUAAAUGAAGCAGAUCGCCGGGGUGCUAGCUGCAUGGGCAAGGGAGAGUCUUCACAGACGUCAUCCCAUAGUGCAGUGGAACCACCAGAUGGCGCCAAAGCUUUGAAGGCAGUCAAAUGCUACUCGUGUGGACGUCUAGGCCAUAUGAAGAGGGAAUGCAGACAUCCCAGGGCCAAGACAGAGCAGCGCAGCGAAAGCUCAUCGCGCCGAAAAGGCCGAGGCAAAGGCAAAGGUCCGGUGUCUAGGACAACGCAGCACAAGGCUAUGGUUUCACGCUUCACUCCAAAGGUUGCAGAGGUCCAGAAGACGUCUAGAUCUUUCUUCGUUGUUGAUUCAGCGGCGACCCACCACAUGUGCAACGAUAAGAAACUGUUUGUGUCUUUUACACCGCAGGAAGGUGCGAUUCACCAGGCGGAUGACCACACUAUUCCCAGUAAAGGCUACGGAACUGUUGUUCUUCACAGUUUGGACUUAUCGAUACAGAAUGUGCUUUACGUGCCAGACGCCAAACAUAAUCUGCUCAGCGUUGGACAGCUGAAUGAGCGGAACAUUGACGUUUCCUUCAAGAACAAGAAGUGCAUCAUCACAAAGAAAAUGAUUAUGUAUUGCAUGCAGAAUAUGUUGAUCAUUUGUUUGUUUUGUAUUAUGAUGAUGUGGUGCAGGAUGACACUUGUUGCAUUGCAGGUUCUAACAAAAGUUUGCAUGCAGAAUGUAUUCACGAUUUUCAUCGCAAAUUUGGUCAUUUGCAUUUUGAGGCAGUAUCUAAAAUGCCUGCCUUGGUUGAAGGUAUGACUAUUAAACCCUGCAGGUACCACAUGAAGUGCAAAGCAUGCGCAGCAAACAAGGUGAAAAUGGCUGCGAAAGGUAAGGUGUCUAGUAGGAAAGCUACAGAACCAUACCAGGUUGUUCAUGCUGAUUUGGUUGGACCACUUGCGCCCUCUUUGGGUGGAAAUAGGUACUUCAUGGUUCUCAUUGAUGCAUUUUCUAGAUAUAUUUUUGUGUACAAUCUCAAGCAGAAAUCGGAGGCUUUUCCUAGAUUCAAGGAAUUCUGUGCUUGGUUGGAAAAUGUGCAUGGUAAGAAGAUAAAGACUCUUUUCAGUGAUCGCGGGGGGGAAUUCACUUCUCAGCAGUUUGAAGCUUUUCUGACUGAGAAAGGAAUUCAACACGAUUUGUCUAGUCCUCGCUCGCCAUGGCAGAAUGGACUUGCGGAACGGGCAAAUCAGACAUUGCUUCAAGGAUUAAAAACCUUGCUGCAUGAUGCCAAUCUUCCAGAGAGUUAUUGGGCCGAAUCUCUCUCGUGUUUUGUUUACAGUUACAAUCGCAGAUUAUCUUCAGCGAUUGGUUGUACCCCCUAUGAGAAGAUGUUUGGCAAGAAGCCAUACAUCAAACACAUGAAGAUUUUUGGUUCUGACAUGUGGGUUCACUCACCACAAAACUCCAAGUUAGACAAGCGUGGAUUGCAUGGUAUCUUUCUAGGUUAUCAGAAAGGGUCUUACAGAAUAAUGAUGACUGACUCUAAGACAAUUAAGCUCACGAGAAGUGUUGAGUACAAUGCAAAGUGGGGGAGAAUGUGGGAAUUUUCCAAUGUUAUCCUGAUGACGGUGAUGAGACUGAGGAUAGUCAAAAGCAACCACAACAGCCCACACCCACUGAUGAAGGUUCUGAGUCUGAAUCUGAAACUGAAUCGGGUGAUUCAGAGGAUUUCAAGAGUGCGAAAGCCUCUAUGCGACCCUCUGAAAGCUCUGAUCAAGAAUUGGAGGAACCAUUGUUCACAAUAGGUCGUUUUUCUCCUAAGAAGGAAGAGGAGAGUGUUGAAGACUUAAGGCUAAUUCGUAGGUCACAGAGAGCCACAAAAGGCAAACCUCCAAAGAGAUUUGCUGAUGAGUUUGCUAAGAUAGCAGUAACAGCUGUUAAAAGCUCCAAGAAGGUAUUUGAACCUUCAAGUUUCCAAGAAAUCCAGGGUUUGGAUUCAAAGGAAGCUAAGCCAUGGUUAAAUGCCAUGAAGGCUGAGCUUGAUUCCUUAGAAAGGAACAAAACAUGGGAGCUAGUUCCAGUAGUUCCAGGAAUGAAACUGCUUGGAAGCAAAUGGGUCUUCAAAGCGAAGACAGAUCAAAAUGGCAAGAUAGUCAGACACAAAGCCAGAUUGGUAGCCAGAGGUUUUGCACAGGUACCAGGUGAAGACUAUCACGAGACCUAUUCACCCACAGUGAGAUAUGAAAGCAUUAGGCUUAUGCUCAAGCUAGCUGCAGAGGAAAAUCUACACAUUAGUCACCAUGAUAUUAAUACAGCUUUUCUGUACGGAUCUCUAGAUGAAUCACUUUAUAUGCUUCCACCUGAUGGCGUACAGGUAAAACAGGGAUUUGUUUGUGCUCUGAAGAAAUCCCUUUAUGGUCUCAAACAAAGUGCACGGUGUUGGCACACAAAACUCACUGAAGUAUUGUUUUCUCUAGGUUUUCAGCAAGGGAAAGCUGAUCCAUGUGUAUUUGUCAAAGAGGAGGGGCAAAAGAAACUGUACUGUUUGUUUUAUGUUGAUGAUUUAUUAUUCUUUUGGAAAGAUGUUGCAAUGUACAAUAACGCCCUAGCUCAACUGAAAGAGCACUUUGACAUGAAAGAUCUUGGUGAGGUAAACAACUACCUAUCUCUGGAAAUAGAGAGAGAUCAAGAUGGUAACAUUCUAGUACACCAGUCACGGAAAAUUGCUGAUGUGUUAAGCAAACUAAAUCUGAUGGAUGCUAACCCUGUAGACACACCGAUGACAACAGGUUAUCAGAUAGAUGACACUGAAGAAGCAUUUUCUGACACUACACUGUACAGGAGUGUGCUAGGCAAGCUAAACUUCAUUGCCAGAUGUUCAAGACCAGACAUUGCUGUUAGCUGUAAUUUGCUAAGCAGACAAGUCAACAAUCCUAGUGUCAAGGAUUGGAAAGCUCUGAAACGCAUAGCGCGGUAUUUGAAAGGCACUAUGCAUUACAGACUGAGAUUUAACAAUCAGAAGUCUGGUGGUCUUGAGAUAUUUGCAGAUGCAAGUUUUGGAAGUGACACUACAGACAGGAAAAGUACGUCUGGAGUUUGCUACAUGUACAAUCAGAGUCUGUUUGAUUGGUCAUGCAAGAAGCAAACAACAGUUAGCUUAAGUACUUGUGAAGCUGAACUGAAUGCACUGUCUUAUUCACUUAAGGAUUGUGAAUGGUUAGUACAAUUGUGCAAAGAUAUGAAAAUUCCUGUCAAAUGUCAAAUCCAGGUUUACCAGGACAACAAAGCAUGUUUGGCUUUGCUGAAGUCUGAAGGUUGUAAGCAAAGCACAAAGCACUUGCAAUUAAAGUUGCAGCAUGCUAGGGAAUGUAUUCAGAAGGGACUCGUAACGGUGUCCUAUACGCCAGGUAAUGAAAUUCCUGCUGAUGUAUUGUCCAAGAUUGUAUCAAGGGAUCAACACUGUACCUAUGUGCAGAAGUUGGGUUUGUACUGAUACUGUACUGAACACGCUGCCCAGUGAUGUUCACAGAAAGGGGGAGGAUGUUGGUUUCUGCUUUCCUUCACUGUGCAGCUCUGCUUGUCAUGAGACAGGUGUUUACAUUCCACAGUCUGUACUGUUGGAGUUUCUCACGGGAAAGGGAGACUGGAUGUGACGUACACUGGUUUCCUGUUUUUUCACUGUGUUUCUCUCCGAGCUGAGAGAGGAGAGAGGAUGCAUUUUUCUGCUCCUGCAGAGGCAAGAUGUCUUUCUGUAAUAUACCAGCUUUGAACUGUAAAUAAAGCAAUAUAGAGUAUGUAGCACGUAUUCUUCAUCCUUCCGCUGGGCACGACAGACUCUGCUUUAAAUCAACACUUGAAACCCUUCUGCAAAAUAGUGAUAGACCAGAGGCGCUCUUAUAUUUUUACUCUAUUCCAUCUCCCAAAGAAUCAGGGCAUGUAACUAUAGUUACUGCAAAGCCCCUUAAAAAUAAAUAUUGGGAUGGAUCUAAAGGUCUCCUUUCACUCACAGAAGAGUUAUUUUAUAUCUUGAGCUAGAGAGGGUUGCACAAUACAAGUGACAGUCUCAGUUGGCAGAGCAUGAGACUCUUAAUCCUAAAGCUGUGGGGUUGAGCCCCAUGUUGGACAACAAGAUUCCUGCAUUGCACGGGGGCUGGACUAGAUGACCCUUGUGGUCCCUUCCAACUCUACAAUUCUGUGAUUCCAAGCUCUGCUUGUGCAAAUGGAAGAAUAACUUGUUUAUGGAACAUACACACGAUAGCACUGUGUGAAUUAACUCUGAAGCACAGGCACUGAGCUCAGAACAGGUGUGGAGGGGAGAGAGGCUAUUUACAUAGACUCAUUUAUUUGCAAGUAACUUAUACUCUGAUAUAUAUUUACAUAAGCCAUUCUUCUGUUAGUUCUGAUUAAUGAAAAAUAUGUAAAUACUGUUGUCUGGGGGCUUGUUCCCAAAUGGUGGGAAGAGGUUAAUUUGUCACUCGACUUCUUUGGAAUAAAAACCCACCCCACAAAGAACUAAAGACACACUCCGUUCCAUGCACAGCCAGCAAUCAAUUAUUCUUUAGUAGCUUACAGACCAUUUUUGCCUUCACUGUAGAAUGGUGCUGUGGUUAGAGUGCCAAACUAUGACAAAGGGAAGCUGAGUUCCCUAGGAAGGCCACUGCAUGGCCAAACUUCCUCUCUCAGCCCUGUCCUCUACCUCACAAGAGCAUGAAAGGGAAUGCUAAGCAUGUAUGCUGCCCCAGGGCUGCUCGAAGGAAAGCUUGAGAUUAAAAUGAAGUCAAUAAAUAAUACGUGGAAAGGAGGCACAGGAAAUGUCAUUGAUAAAAAGUUCACAUACAAGUUCAUUCCGUUUCUGUAAUGCCCAAGGAAGUGACUGCUUUAGAUGAACUUAAUUUUAAAAAAUGUUCAAGGUUUAAGAAAUAGCGAGGUUGCAGUCCUGGGAAAAAGGGGGUGUAUUAGGACCAAACUGUACACAAUGGGAUAGCCACACUUGCUUAUUCAUACACCUGACAUGUUAAGGUAACAAAGCUGUGAGUAGAAGCUUUGUUUGUUUUGUUUUUGCAGAUGAAGUGUAGCUCAGUAGCAGAGCAUUUGCUCUGCAUGCGUAAGAUCUUUGGCUCAGCCUACAGGUAGAGCUAGGGACGUGGGUGGCGCUGUGGAUGCAUUCUUCAACGUGUCCUUGAUGCAAUAAUAGCGCAUUUGUGGUAGAUUCAUAGUGGCCCAUCAUCCAUGCAUCAUUCUGCUUUAUCAGUUCUUCAAUGUGUCCCUAGUGUUAUCAUAUUUUUGCUGCCUGGCAGGGCACUCUUGUAUUGAAGCACAACAAAAACGAGGCAAAAGGAAAUCUGGAACAUUUCUGGUAUAAAAUGUUUCAGCAAGAAGUUACAGGACUGAUUAGAAAUGAAGCAGUAUGUCCAUCUCAAAACAUUUUCAAGCCUUUUUCAGCAUUGAAAAGGGGAUUGCAUGUAACACCCCCACCGACCCACCCACACAAUACCACCACCCACAGUACUGCCACAAGAACAAAUAAUCAUGAAUAGACAAUAAAAAGGACUUCUGGAGGUGCCUAUAGUCUUUGAACUGGCUCUUAUAUAGAUGGUUUUAAGAGAACCAAGACUUAACUCUUUUCUAUACCAUACAGCUGGGUCUCCUGAAAUGUGCAGUCUGUUCUUUCGAAGUAUUCUCCAAACUCUGUUUUCAUUCACUGCAUUUUUUUUUUUUGCUGUUCUGUUUCAUACUAUUUUUUAUUAUGUCUUUUAGGAGAACUAUUCGAAGUGCUGUCCCUUGCUUGAGAUUCCUUAUACGGAUCUCACCAAGCGAUCUUUCAACAAGUUCUGUGAACGAGUCGUCAUUCAGGGCUUCCAUGUCCAGCCGUCACUCUUUUGCUGCCAGGAACAAGAGCAGUUGUGUUUCUUCCGUUUCUGCAGCAGAAACUGUAAGUUUGGCGUGGGUGACAGUCUCCCAGGUCUCAUCCUUUUGCUUCACAUAAAGGUGGCAGACUAAACCGAUGGAUGGCACUCACCAACUCGAGUUCACUAUUAGGAGGAGUGAUGAUAGGAAAACUCAUAUUCAUUAAGCACUUCUUAACCUCACUGAGAAUCCUUGGGAUCCCUUCUAACUCUACAGUUCUAUGGUUCUGUGAUAUUAGGGGUAGAAUCAGACAUGUGCUUCGUUUUAACCUUUAAGCAGCCACAGGAUUCCUUGCUCCCCGCCCCCUUGCAAAAAGGUUAGCAUGGCUACACACUCACACAAACACUUACUUUGCAAGGCUUUGUGUGCCUGUUAAAGUUGAUUAAAAAAUCAAUCUGUGGGGAAAUGGAUUGACGGGGUGGGGUGGGGUGAUUGCCACAAAAGCCAACUAAUUAGAUAUUCAUAUAACAGGAUUUUGUGAGAAACGGGAAGAACCAGUUUCUCCCAAGUUUGGUUCUUCAGGGAAAGUUUCCCAAAUACUAUGAAAUUUGCGGCAGCUAGACUGGUGACUGGGAGUCGCUGCCAAGACCACAUAACACCAGUCCUGAAAGACCAACAUUGGCUCCCAGUACGUUUCUGAGCACAAUUCAAAGUGUUGGUGCUGACCUUUAAAGCCCUAAACAGCCUCAGCGCAGUAUACCUGAAGGUGCGUCUCCACCGCCAUCGUUCAGCCCAGACACUGAGGUCCAGCUCCGAGGGCCUUUUGGCCGUUCCCUCACUGUGAGAAGUGAAGCUACAGGGAACUAGGCAGAGGGCCUUCUCAGUGGUGGCGCCCGCCCUGUGGAACAUCCUCUCAUCAGAUGUCAAGGAAAUAAACAACUAUCUGACUUUUAGAAGACAUCUGCAGGCAGCCCUGUUUAGGAAAGUUUUUUAUGUUUGAUGUUUUGUUGCUUUUUAAUAUAUUCUGUUCGGAGCCGCCCAGAGUGGCUGGGGAGGCCCAGCCUGAUGGGCGGGGUAUGAAUAUUAUUAUUACUAUUAUUAUUUCACAGAGUUCAGCUGCAUGCAGCCUUGAGACUCCUUUGUUUGUAUAUACCAUCAAUAAGCAGCUUUCCAUUAUAGUUUUCCCACAGCAAACUAAAUGAGGGAGAUUUUGUUUUUAAAAAUGAAUUACUACAAGAGAUUGAUUGGUCAGUGAACUCCGGCAGUGAAGCUUCACAUUGUUCAUGGUUCGGAAUAGAAAUUAUCUUAAGAGGAAAAGGGGUUAUAAGCUACCCAGUUAUUCAAAUACUGGAAACCCUUAUAUGGGCUUACUGGUAAAAUACUGCAGGGCAAGUUCAUUAAGAAAGAUGUGUAAAAAAGAAAAAAAGUUGACAGUGUUCAUAAAGAAAAUAUGAACAGACCAUUAUCCAUCAAGAAAAAAAAGUUGUAUAAAAAAACACUUUGAGAAAUAAUUGCAGUUAAAAUUGUUUAUAAAUAAUGAGUGGUCUUUAGAAAGUUUUAAGGAUUGUGAACUAUGACGGUGGUUCUGCACUAGGUUGGUUUCAGUGGCUCUGUACAUAAAUGAGAGCAGGAUUACAAUGCAGAUCCGCUGAAAUCAAAGGUUCCUGAAUCCUAGAAUUUAAAUACACCCACUGAGACAAAGCUGCACCAAUAUAUACCGAUACAGUAGGGAUGUGAGAUGAUUUCUCUGUUUCAAAAAAAACUAAUCUAUCAGAGUUGUGGUAUAUUGUGAUAACUUAUCAGCCAGGUCCGUCUUAAGGAGAAUGAUUGCAACAGGAAGGCAGAAUGAUCACUUGCCAAGGUCACUGGAGCCUCUUCUCUCACCAUAAAUUAUAGACCAACCUGCCGUAGAAAUUGCUCUCUAAAAUGAUUUCUUACAACAGACAUGAAGAACCAUUGGCCCUCCAGAUGCUCUUGGACUGUAGCUUCCAUAAUUUAUAUUUAUUUAUUUAUUUAUUUAUUUAUUUAUUUAUUUAUUAUCUUGCUAAUUCAUUAAAAAAGAACAAUUGUACAUAAAAACAGUGUUGAUCUCUGAAUGCACCCCUGAAGAUACAAACAGAUCCACUGUAAUAAUACAGUGCCUCUGAUAUCCUUCCCACUGUGUCAGUCCAGGAGGAUACCAUGGUCAAUGGUACCAAAGGCCACUGGGGGGAUCAAGCAGGGUCACAGUGUCCCAUCCCUUUCAUGAUAAAGGUCAUCCAUCAAUGGGGCUGAUGGGAGUUGUUGUUUGUCUAGAAGUCAUUAGACUCCAUCUUAGAUAUAACUCGGCACCAACAUCCUGGAGGUUCUGAUGUCUUAAAGGUAAAGGGACCCCUGACCGUUAGGUCCAGUAGCGGACGACUCUGGGGUUGCGGCACUCAUCUCGCAUUACUGGCUGAGGGAGCCAGCGUACAGCUUCCAGGUCAUGUGGCCAGCAUGACUAAGCUGCCUCUGGCGAACCAGAACAGCACACGGAAACGCCGUUUACCUUCCCGCUAUAGCAGUACCUAUUUAUCUACUUGCACUUUGACAUGCUUUCAAACUGCUAGGCUGGCAGGAGCAGGGACUGAGCAACAGGAGCUCACCCCGUUGCGGGGAUUCAAACCGCCGACCUUCCGAUCAGCAAGCCCUAGGCUCUGUGGUUUAGACCACAGCGCCACCCGCAUCCCGUUCUGACGUCCUAUGCAACCUUAAAGCUGAAUUCUAUGCAUCUUUACUCACAAGUCAAGUCCACCGAAUUAAAUGCAAUUUCUCUUUCCCAAGAAAUGGUAUAUAGAAUUGUAGCUUCCAGGGAUUUUUGCUCUAAUUCAGCAUUAGUUCUAUGUGUGAUAUCUCCAGGAUAGCUCCCAACAAGGAGCAUAUUCUACAUUUUCUUUAAGAGAGAGGGGUGUGUUCUUUUAAUAUAUUCUUUUGCUUGCGGGACUCAGGUCGCUCUGUUUAAUUUAAAGGGGACUGGCAGGAAGACAUCUGUGCAUGAGGAUAAAGGAUCACACAGAGAAUUGGGGCAUUUAUCUGCCUUGUUACGAGAAUCAGUGAAAGUACUUUGCCAAAAUAAAUUAUGCUAGCCAUAACAUGGGCUGCUUGAAUAAAAAAGCAGGCAAACAGAAAAACAGUCAUGCACUUAACUACUUUAUUGACUUUCUUUCUAUUAUUUCAUCCUAUACUUAAUUUUCUUUCCAAUCACCAAGCAUCAAAUGAGAUUCUAAAGUGUUACACAAGAGUGUCUUACUCCAUGUUUCUUAUCCGUGCUCAGGCCUUGUAAAACAUGUUCCCUUUCAUCACAAUGGAUAAUGUUUUAAGGUCUCAGUCUUGCUCACAGGGUUCCAAUAAACAGACUUACUGGUGCAGCUCUGUUUUUAAAGCUUUUUGAGUCAAGCAUCUGUGUUGUAUUUCAGUCUAACGGCAUACGUUUUGCAUAGGUAAGAUCUUAGGUUCAAUACCUGCUAUCUCCAGGCAGAGCUAGGAAAAACUCCUGCCUGAAACCUGUAGAACCCCUACCACUAGAUGUUACUGUGGGAGGAAAUAUAAAUAUAUUAAUCCCUGUGGGCCCACAUAUGUAGGUGAACAACAAAAGAAAAUGGCUGGGUGCCUAGAUUCAAAAUGUGGGGCUUUGCACUUUCUCCUGCAGGGAGAGAGCUUCAGUAGCAGAGAUUAAAUUUACAAAAAUUAAGCAGCAAUAUAGCAUUAUGAAUAUAGGUUGUUAAACCUUUUUACCCCAUUCAGCUGCACAUAGCAGCUGACCUUUCUCCUACCCCUCUCGCAAUGUGCAGACCACACACUGUUAAGUGUGCUUUACUUACAGAUUCAAGGUCUCAGUCAUGCAUUGUUCCAUGCAGCAGCAAGGAUAAUACAGGCAAAAUACUCUUGGGUAGACAAUACAGAAUAUAGUUCUAAACAUGUGCUAUAAACUUGGGAGCAAGUUUACAGAUGUACUCCUUCAUUGGUUACAUGAUGCAGAGAGAACGAGAGAAAAAGGAAGAGUAAAGAAGCUUCCCUUCCUCUCCAGAGGAGAGGGCACAUGACCUAUCUAGCAAUGCAACUCUGUGUUCCUUAAUCCCCUGCUGCACUAACCAGCAGUCAUGCAUGGUUCUGUUUAGGGUUGCUAUAUUUCAAAACGUAAAAUUCCUGACACCCGCAAAGUCAUUGAGCUUUUUCUAUUUUAGGAAGACCCCAAACAUUUAAACUAUAGUUCCCAUGAUUCUUUGGAGGAUGCUUUAAAUGUAUGGUGUGUAUGUAAUCCUGGUUUUAAUUUUAUGGGAGGUGGGGAGAGGUCUGUUCUUCCUCAUGCUACUCAGUCUGCUUUUUUUACUGUUCAUAUUUAUAUCUUACUGUUUACAUCCUCUGCGGAUGGUUCGAUUUCUGAACUAGAAAUAUGCAAUAUAUGUAACUACGUACUUGCUGAAAGACCUGAGGACCCAGCGUGUUGUAGUGGUUAAGAGUGGUGGACUCAUAAUCUGGUGAACCAGGUUCGCUUCCCCACUCCUCCACAUGCAGCUGUUGGGUGACCUUGGGCUAGUCACACUUCUCUGAAGUCUCUCAGCCUCACUCACUUCAGAGUGUUUGUUGUGGGGGAGGAAGGGAAAGGAGAUUGUUCGUUGCUUUGAGACUCCUUAAGGUAAUGAUAAAACCAGAUAUCAAAUCCAAACUCUUCUUCACUUCAGCAACCACAUUUUAUAGGGAAAUCUCACUAUCCUACCAGGAAAGGUAUUGUGCUUAGUCUACAGAAUAAAAGAUUGAGCUGGAGUGGGAUGAAUAUAUGAUAGUAUUCUUAAAAAUGUAAGAAAAGCCUGCUGGAUCAGGACUGCUCAUCUGCUCAUGCAUGUUUCCAUGCCCUUGCCAAAUCUGCUGUACAAGCCCCACAACAAGUGCAAGGGAAGUCCUGCUGCACAAGUGUAAAUCUUUCUGCUGGUGGUGUGGCUGCUUAGCGCUACAUUUGAUACAAGCCUAUGAUUCUACAUUUCGGUAGUGGAACACCUCAUGUACCCUUGUUCCCAGUGUAGUGCAAGAGCAAUUAUAUAUAUAUAUCAGUGGGCAAGAGGCAAAAUUGCAGCCUAUUGAUUGUUCGUGUAUAAACAUCUCAGUUUCCUUUUUUAGACUUGGAGUGACAUGGAGCUUGAGCCUGUGAAGGCAGCCCAUAAGAAACAGCAACCCCAUCGAAGCCGCUCUUUCUCAAAACAAGCAGAAGAAGAGACUGGGUUGCUCCUAAAGACCCAGAGCUGUAAUGUGCUGACUGGAGAAAAGGUUAAAACAGCAACCAUUUUUAAUUCUCCUUAAUAAUAAAGUGACUGAUCCUCAGCAUAUGCAUACAACCUUGACUCCGCUCUCCCUGAUUAUUCCUACCCAGCCCAUUACAGUGAUGUCCACAUGUUACUGUAUUAGAAGUAGUUUACUAAUCCAUUUCAGUAUGCUUUUGUCUUGUGUUGCCCGAAAGGGCAAGGCAAAACAUAUUAUCCAAAAGUCAAAUCAGAUGCUCCUCCAUAUAUAGGUGAGUCCAACAAUCAUAUUGCUUCUCCGUGCUUUGAUCUCCAACAUUUCCAUUCUCCGUAGUUCAUUUACUGAGUUUCCAGUAAAGUUAGCUUUACCUCCCAUCUCCUUCAAAUCCCAUCUUGGGAAUUGAUACAAAAUGGUGGGACCUGCUUUUUUUAAAAAAAGAAAUCUUGUCUUUGAGGGGGAAGAUGAAAAAGAAAUUCCUAUUUCUCACUGACAGUGGGAGACUCUGGCAACUUCCACCUUCGUGAAACUGAAAAGGGUGAGUAGUGAACGCAUCAUCCGUUGAUGCAAAGAAAGGAACUGAUGGCUUGUUGGCCACAGUUCAGUGUCAUUUUCUGAAAGGUUCCUUUGCACAUUUGGAAACUUCAGGCAAUGACAUUAUGGCCCGUGUGCAACUUGCACAUGCUGAAUCCAAUUCAGGUAGUGCUUCUGCGUUCCUUGUUUCAUUUUGCCACAAAGGUGUAAUGUAGAUUAACAGUAAUUAUAUUCGUUGUCUUCUUGCGUCUAUAUUUCCCAUACAGGCAACUCCCACUUAAGAAAAAACAAGUGGGGGCCCCAUAGCAGAUAAAGAACCACAGGAAGAAUGUUUAGUUUCAAAAUUCCUGGGUGAAAAUUGCUCUGCUGUCCUCCAAAGUUUAGCCUUGACAAAAGAGUUAGUGCAGUUCAGCUUCAAAAGUUGGGUUUUUUUUAAAAAAAAGAAAAUAGAGCAAAAUAUAAAGGCUGGUAUUCAUGUUCCCAUCCUUCCUAUUUGCUUAUUUUAUUUGACAAGAUUUAUUAUAUUGCUUGGAUAAACAAAACCCUCGGGGGGGGGGAUCAAAAGUUUUAAAGCCCAACAUACACAAUAAAAUUUCAUGUCUGGGGUGGCAUUUCUAAACUGAAAACAAUGCAGUGAAGACAAUCCCAGGAUGUUAGUGAAUGUUGCACAAUUGCACUCAGUUGCACAAACAUUGUUGGCCCCAUACACUCCCAAAGGCCAUAAAGCAGGGGUUGCCACUGUCGGCUGAAUGGGCCAACUGAAUAUGAGAGGUAUGUAAAAUAUGUAGCAACUGUUCUGGAAGGACUGUGUAAUUACUGCUGAAGAAGGCUGAGUAUGGAAUACUGAUUCUCUCCCCAUCCCCAUUUUCUUUGCCAUAGGUUGCAAUGUCCUCCAUCAGUCUGCAUGACCCGUUUGAGAGAUCGUUUGGAGAGAAUGCCCCAGAACUGCUUCUCAAGCCCAGUUGUUUGAGAACAUCAUCUCUUCCAUUUGGCUUGAAUAGUAGCAGCACAGAAGAGAAUGCAGACACUUCUGACAUGGAAGUUCAAGAUCAGCAAACAGAUGGAAGCCUCAACUCAUUAAUGAGCCCCACCAUCCCACAAAUAGUUAUCGUUUCUACCUCAGAGACCACCCUCUCUGAGGGGCAAGAUGAGCUGGAAAAUGGACAGGCAGAAAAUUCCAGUGUAUUAUUUUCUCCAGGAAAGAAUCACCUGUUGGACAUAGGAAGGCUUAGCCCCUCUACCAACCUCAUUGAAGCAAUUGAGAAGCUUCUGUCCUAAAUAUGGAAGAGAACAACUAUUUGGUCUUUUUGCUGCUUCUUUGCAUUAUUAUACCAAAAAAAGGGGGGGAGGACCCACAUGAAGAACUCUGAGCCUUGUAGAUUAAGCAGAUAACUUUAUAUACAUAUAUUUUUUUGUAAUGCAAUCUUUAGCCCUUCUUGAAUUUUAUGCACUUUGCAGGAGCAAAACAACAGCAAUAGAUGCUGAAGGCGCAAAGCAUCCAUAGCAUAGAUAACAAGUGUUUGCCAACCAAAACACCUAGUAAAUAUUCUCUGUAUCUGUAUUCAGGAUAAGUUUUCAUGCUUUAAUACCUUUCCAAGCAGUUCCAUUGCUGGAGUGCCCAGCAACCACAAGCUCUGCUGUAUUUCCAGAUACUCAGAUUGGUUCCGGAAAGAAAUAUCAGCUAUGCGUUCCUCAGUAAACCUGGUCCAAGAAUUGGUCAUUCUCCACCACUUUAGCCACCAACUGAAAGAUGGUAGAUUAAGUGGAGGUGGCACAAGCAGCCAUUGUCUAGCAACCAGAAACCAGUUGACUUUUUGUCCUGACUCAACACAACAGCUAGUUUGCCAUCUGUUCUAUGUAACUGAAGCUAUGACUAGAGGAGGAAGAGAUGAAGAUGAGCAACCCUUAAGACUAAACUUCCCAAUUACUCACAGGUUAAAUGAGCCCACUUUGAAAACAAUAGCCCUCAGGAAUGAGGCCAAAACUAUGCACAAGAAAUGUAAUAUAGCAUAGCACUUGUUAAGUCCAGAUGUAAAGAUCGGUGUCAACGAUUCUCAGUCACAAGGGAAAGUGAGACUGUUGUGCAAAGCUAAUGCAGUCAUUCCUGUCUUAUCCCCAUAGGGUGUCAGCAGUGGCAAAAAGUCACCUUAGGUUGUGGUUAACAAUAUGUGUCAAUAGUAAUGAGCUCACUGUUGAAUUCUCACAAUAAGCUUUACUCACGAAUAACAAUAAAACCACUUAACUGCUCUAGUACAGUUGUCUCUUUAGGAUUGAUUGCAAGCUUUUCAUGUUCCCCUUGGGAGGUAUUUUUUUAAAAAAAUCCACAGAUUUUGCUCUAAAG